CAGAAACGAUCGACGUCUUGGUUUCAGUCUCGGGGAUUAUGACUUGAAACAGUUUGAAAAUAGAUAUUUUUUAAAAGAAUAUACAUAUAUCUAUAUCUAAACGCACCACACGGUACAGAUAUAUGUAUACGUUCGCAGCCAUUUCGUUCGCUUAGAGCCCCGCACAAACGCAAAUAUAUAUAUAGAACGUCGAAAGGAUAUCGCAAUUUCGACAAUUUAAAGAAGCGACCAAAGAGAUAUAAAUAUAUAUAGAAGUAUAUCAAGUGAAGAAGCAAAUCAAAGAAAGAGUGAUCGCGAGGUGUUCAAUUCUACAGUGCAGUUCAUUCUGCAACGAUUUGGUUGUCAUUUUAAAUGAUAUAUAGUGAUAUAUAACGAAGCAAAAUGCAACGACAAAAUCCGAACCCGUACCAGCAGCAAAACCAGCAGCACCAGCAGGUGCAGCAGUUCUCCAGCCAGGAGUACUCGCACUCCAGCCAGGAGCAGCACCAGGAGCAAAGGAUUAGCCGCACCGAGCAGCACGUCCAGCGCAGCCAGGUCACCACCCAGCGGCAAGUGCAACAACAUCAUGGUGGCAGCAUCGGAGGCGCCUACGUGCCCCCUUCGCUGACACACGUGUACGCCCAGGGCGACAUCUCGCCGCCCGUCUUCGAGCAGAUCUUCAAGAACGCUCGCUUCGCCCAGGGCGGCAAUGCCCUGUUCGAGGGACGCCUGCGUGGCAACCCGAAGCCAUUCGUGACCUGGACCCGAAAAGGCGCACCCCUUCUCGAGUCGCAGAAGUUCCGGAUGAGCUACAACGAGGCCACCGGCGAUGUGUCCCUGCUGAUCAAUCAGAUCGGACCCGGCGACGAGGGCGAGUACACGUGCACUGCCCGCAAUCAGUAUGGCGAGGCCAUCUGUAGCGUCUACAUCCAGCCGGAGGGAGCACCGAUGCCCGCCCUGCAGCCCAUCCAGAAUUUGGAGAAGAACAUCUACUCGAACGGAUACUCGUACACCUCCAUUGAGGAGGAGUUCCGUGUGGACACGUUCGAGUACAGGCUGUUACGCGAGGUUUCCUUCCGUGAGGCCAUCACCCGUCGAUCUGGCUACGAGCAGGACUCCCAGCUCUCCCAGGAGCUGGACCGCAAUCAGGGUCCUGCGCAGGCGCCGCAGAUCUCGCAGAAACCGCGUAGCUCCAAGCUAAUCGAGGGAUCUGAUGCCGUGUUCACCGCACGCGUCGGCUCCAACCCCAAGCCCCGGCUCACCUGGUUCCAUAAUGGCCAGCGAUUGGUGGCCUCGCAGAAGUACGAGAUCUCCUAUUCGAGUGGAGUGGCUACGCUUCGCGUGAAGAACGCCACGGCUCGCGAUGGCGGUCAUUACACCCUGCUUGCCGAGAAUUUGCAGGGCUGCGUGGUUUCAUCCGCCGUGUUGGCCGUGGAACCCGCUGCGGAAACCGCCUACGAACCGAAGCCCGUGGACGUAAUGGCCGAGCAAUUGGAGGCCGGCAAAGCAUUGCCGCCAGCCUUUGUGAAGGCUUUCGGAGAUCGCGAGAUUACCGAGGGUCGUAUGACCAGGUUUGAUUGCCGCGUUACUGGCAAUCCUUAUCCCGAGGUCUUUUGGCUUAUCAACGGCCGGCAAGUGCGCGACGAUGCCUCGCACAAGAUUCUAGUCAACGAAUCGGGCAGCCAUUCGCUGAUGAUCACCAAUGUGACCCGAUUGGAUGCCGGAGCUGUCCAAUGUCUGGCUCGCAACAAGGCCGGUGAAGUGGCCAUCGAGGCACAGUUGAACGUGUUGGAAAAGGAACAAGUUGUCGCACCACAAUUUGUUCAACGUUUUAGCACCAUGACUGUGCGCGAAGGCGAACCGAUCACCAUGAGUGCCAAUGCCAUUGGAACUCCGCAGCCACGUAUCACCUGGCAGAAGGACGGCGUCCAGAUCUCGUCCACCGCCGAGCGCUUUGUGGGCAUCGACGGAGGAGCCACCUGCCUGGAAAUUCCACGCGUCACUGCCAACGACGCUGGAUGGUACCAGUGCACCGCCCAGAACAUCGCUGGAUCCACAGCCAAUAGGGCCAGGCUGUAUGUCGAGGUUCCCAGAGAACAACCAAAUUACGAGCAGCGUCGUCUCAAUCUCCCGAGACCAACGAAAGUCAUAGAGCCAGAACCCAUUCCUGGCCCUGAAAUCAUCUACCUUCGCCAUGUGGAGCGCGCCAAGCCCCAUCUGCGCCCUGGUGAGGAGGAUCGCGUCUAUCCACCGCCUCAGUUCAUCAUCCCGCUGCAGAAUGUGCAGCAGACCGAAGGUGGCCGUGUUCACAUGGAGGCCCGCAUCGAACCAGUUGGCGAUCCGACCAUGGUCGUCGAAUGGUACCUCAAUGGACGUCCGCUGGCAGCCAGUGCCCGCGCCACAUCCGUUUUCAAGUUCGGCUUUAUCGCUCUGGAUCUUCUGAGCAUUAUGGGUCACGACUCCGGCGAGUAUAUGUGCCGCGUGACCAACGCCAGCGGAGUGGCUGAAUCUCGCGCUAUUCUGUCCGUUGUGCAGCGCCCCUCCAUUGAACAAUCUUCGCAGAACCCCAACAGUCUGCAGUACAUCAACCAGUUGGAGGACUACUCGCGCUACCAGCGCACAGAGAGCAUCGAUGAGCAGCUCAACCAGGCGCCUCAAUUCAUCCGCCCACUCCGCGAUCUCGGCGAAUUCGAGGAGGGCAAGAACGUGCACUUUGAGGCUCAGGUUACACCUGUGAAUGAUCCCUCCAUGAGAGUGGAAUGGUACAAGGACGGACUACCCAUCACGGCUAGCUCCCGCAUCACUGCCAUCUUCAACUUCGGCUAUGUCUCCCUGAACAUCUUGCACCUGAGAGCCGAGGAUGCUGGCACCUACACCGUGCGGGCAGUGAACCGCAUUGGAGAAGCCAUCAGUCAGUCCUCUAUUCGUGUCCACUCACGUUCCCAAGUAACUGCUGAUCUGGGUAUACCCGAGCAGCAGCGAUACAUCGAAAAGGUGGAGGAACUGGAGGAUUACCGAAAGUCCCAGCAGCGUCGUCAUGUCCAAGAGGCUGCCGAGGCUAUUGCCCCGCCCCAAUUCAAGACACCGAUCCAAAACCAGUUGGAUCUGCGCGAGCACGCGCAUGCGCACUUCGAGGCAAGACUUGAACCCGUUGGAGAUUCAACCAUGCGCGUCGAGUGGCUGAAGGAUGGACAGCCUCUGGAAGCCAGUUCCAGGAUCACCACCUACCAUAACUUUGGCUACGUGGCACUGACCAUCAAGCAGCUGACCAUCUAUGACGCCGGCACCUACACCUGCCGCGCCUACAAUGCGAUGGGUCAGGAUACCACCGUGGCUCAGCUUACGGUUAUCUCCAAGAACGAAAUCGUUUCGGAGUCGCAACACCCAGGUGGUCUGCAGAAGAUCCAGCAUCUCGAGGACUCGUCGCGCUACGGACGUCGCGAGGAGGAGGAGACCUACAUCACCCAGGCUCCCCGUUUCCUCGGCCCCCUCAAGGGAACAACCAAAAUCCUCGAAGGCCAGCGCGCUCACUUUGAGGCCCGUGUUGAGCCCCAGAGCGAUUUGGGUCUGGUGAUUGAGUGGUACCACAACGGUCGCUCCAUCACAGCCGCUAAUCGCAUCCAGACAUACUACGAUUUCGGUUAUGUCGCCCUGGACAUUUCCCAGGUGCGCGCUGAAGAUGCUGGCGUCUACCUCGUGGUGGCUAGGAACAAGCUAGGUGAAGCUCAGCAGCAAGCAACGAUGAUAGUGGAAACUCGUUCCAGUAUCGACACAUCUAGCAUGCACCGCGGUCUGUACGAGAAGACUCAAAACUUGGAAAACAAGCCGUUCGUGGAGCCUCAGUAUGACAUCGAAGAGAUCUCGAAGUCCAAGCCAGUGUUUGUGACACCACUGAGUGAUCCAAAGCCUAUCCACGAUGGCAAGAACAUCCAUCUGGAGUGCCGCCUUGAACCGAUGGGCGAUCCCACCAUGCGCGUCGAGUGGUUCCACAACGGUCGCCCCGUUACUGUGGGUUCCCGAUUCCGCACUUACUACGACUUUGGUUUCGUAGCUUUGGAUAUUAUCAAGGCCACGGCCGCCGAUUCUGGCGAAUACACUGUGAGGGCCACCAACCAUUUGGGUACUGCCCACACUUCAGCCUGCGUGCGUGUAAUCGACCACACGGACGUUGUGACUGAGACUCAGAACGAACAAUCGCUGGAGCAGAUUCAAUUGCUCGAGGACUCUAGGCGCCGCCAUCACCAGGAGGAGGAUAUUACCAUCAUGCAAGCGCCCCAGUUUACCAGGGGCCUGCACAACAUUGAAACUAUUGAGGGUACCAACGUGCACUUGGAGUGCCGCCUUCAGCCCGUGGGAGAUCCUAGUAUGCGCAUCGAGUGGUUCGUAAAUGGAAAGCCUGUUAAGACAGGACAUCGAUUCCGUCCAGCGUACGAAUUCGAUUAUGUGGCUUUGGACCUGCUUGGCUGCUACGCCAUCGAUUCGGGCGUCUACACCUGCCAGGCCAGGAACCAAUUGGGUGAAGCCGUAACCUCCUGUUCCGUGCGAAUUAUCGCUAAGAAUGAUUUGAUUUUGGAGACCCAAAACGAGUCGGGUCUUCAGAAAAUCCAAUACUUGGAGGACUCGACACGCCAUCGCCGCAGCGAGUUCGUCGACGAGGUUGUUAACAUUCGUCCACGAUUCCUUACCCAUCCCAAAAGCUUGACCAACACCCGAGAGGGUGGUCACGCUCACUUCGAGUGCAAGAUCGAGCCGGUGACUGACCCGAACCUCAAAGUGGAGUGGUUUAAGAACGGACGUCCCAUCACUGUGGGUCACCGCUUCCGUCCCAUUCAUGACUUCGGUUAUGUGGCCUUGGAUAUUGUCCAUUUGAUUGCGGAGGACUCGGGUGUCUACACUUGCAGGGCCGUUAACCUGAUUGGCUCUGACGAAACCCAAGUGGAACUGCAGUGCCGCAGUGGUGAGCAGAUUGUUACUGUCACCCAGAACGAGGCCGGUCUUGAGCAGAUCCAUUACCUGGAGGAUCGUUCGCGCUAUACCCGACGUGAGGAAAUCGAUGAAAGUACCAAGCAGGCUCCGGUGUUCACUACAUCACUGAAAAAUGUUGAGAUCAAGGAGAACCAGAGGGCCCACUUUGAAUGCCGUCUGAUUCCUGUUUCUGAUCCCUCAAUGCGUGUGGAAUGGUACCAUAACAAUCUUCCACUUAAGUCUGGUUCUCGUUUCACUGAGACCAAUAACUUCGGCUUUGUGGCCUUGGAUAUUAUGUCCACUCUGCCCGAAGAUGCCGGAACUUAUACAUGCCGCGCCUAUAACGCUGUGGGUGAGGCCAUUACCUCUGCUGUAGCUGUUGUGCACACAAAGAAGUCCAUCUACCUGGAGUCCCAGCAUGAAACAGCUCUGCCACGUCUGCAGCAUUUGGAGGAUGGCUCCAAGCGUCAGCGCAUCAGCGUUCAGGACGAAUUCGUGUCCCAGGCACCUGUCUUCACCAUGCCGGUAAGGGAUGUGCGUGUGGCUGAAAACCAAGCUGUGCACUUUGAGGCUCGCUUGAUUCCAGUGGGAGAUCCGAAAUUAACGGUUGAGUGGUUGCGAAACGGGCAACCUAUUGAAGCCUCCAACCGCACUACCACCAUGCAUGAUUUUGGUUAUGUGGCUCUCAACAUGAAGUAUGUGAAUCCCGAAGACUCUGGAACCUACACCUGUCGGGCCGUCAACGAGCUGGGUCAAGCGGUUACCUCUGCCUCGCUCAUUGUGCAAUCUAAGACCUCCAUUCAACUGGAGACCCAGCACGAAGCCGCCAUGCACAAGAUCCAUCAGUUGGAGGAUCACAGCAGGUACCAGCGCAGGGAGGAGGAGGAGUACACGGUGACCACCGCCCCGGUAUUUGUUACCAAGCUUAUUGGACCCAGCAACCUAGUUGAGGGUCAAAGUGCCCACUACGAGUGCCGCAUUGAACCCUACCCAGAUCCCAACCUCAAGGUGGAGUGGUUCCAUAAUGGUAAGCCACUUAGCACUGGUCAUCGCUUCCGCACCACGUACGACUUUGGAUUUGCGGCUUUAGACAUCCUCACUGUCUAUGCUGAGGACAGCGGCGAGUACACUUGCCGAGUCACCAACAACCUCGGUGAAGCCAUCAACUCGAUUGUGCUCAACGUCACCUCACGCUCUUCCAUCAUUCACGAGACUCAGCACGAGGAGGCUCUGACUAAGAUCCAGCAUCUGGAAGAUACUUCGCGAUUCCAGAGGAAAACGGACGAGGAACAGUUCCAUGCCGAGCGUCCUCAGUUCGGCCGCCCUCUGCGUAAUGCCAAGGUCAACGAGGGAGCUCCCGUCCACCUGGAGGCCACAUUAAUUCCUGUGAAUGAUCCUACCAUGAAGGUGGAGUGGUACUGCAACGGUAGGCCCAUACAGACUGGUCACCGCUUCAAGACCACCUACGAUUUUGGCUUCGUGGCAUUAGAUAUUUUGUAUGCCCAUGCCGAAGACACCGGCACCUACAUGUGCAAGGCCAAGAACGCUAUUGGAGAAGCUGUCACGACUUGUGCUGUAAACGUAACAGCAAACAAGACACUCGAUCUGGACACCUUGGAUGCUCAGCGUUUAGAGAAGAUCCGACAACUGGAAACAUAUGCGCCUCCUCCUAAGCCCGUCGUGGAGGAGAAGGGCCAGAAACCCAUUUUCCUCACACCGCUAAGCAACCUAGAACACUUGAAGGAGGGCGAGCACGCCCACUUGGAGUGCCGAGUGGAACCGAUCAACGACCCCAACCUAAAGAUUGAAUGGUUCUGCAAUGGCAAGCAGCUGCCCACCGGUCACCGUUACCGCACUACCCACGACUUUGGUUACGUCGCUUUGGACAUUCUUUACGUCUAUGGCGAGGAUACCGGCACCUACAUUUGUAAGGCCACCAAUCAGCUGGGUGAGGCUGUAAACACCUGCAAUGUGCGCGUGUUAAACCGACGCAGCAUGAUCCUGGAUACCCAGCAUCCCGAUGCUCUGGAAAAGAUUCAAAAGCUGGAGUCUAAGGUGCCGAAUGCACGUACCGAGGUUGGAGACGCUCCGAUCAGUCCACCUCAUUUCACCGCCGAACUUCGCGGUUCCACUGAGAUCUACGAGGGUCAGACCGCUCACUUCGAGGCCCAGGUCGCUCCAGUUCACGAUCCUAACUUGCGCAUUGAGUUCUAUCACAAUGGCAAGCCUCUGCCGUCUGCUUCUCGCUUCCACAUCACCUUCGAUUUUGGAUACGUGUCUUUGGAUAUUACUCAUGCUGUGGCCGAGGACGCCGGAGAAUAUUCUGUGCGUGCUGUUAACGCUUUGGGCCAAGCUGUGUCCUCCACGAAUCUGCGCGUCAUUCCGCGUGGCACCAUCAUUUCGGACACCCAGCAUCCCGAGGGACUGGAGAAGAUUCGCAAGCUGGAAUCGACUGCGCCGCAUCAGCGCCAGGAGCCUGAAACCCCCGGCACUCGCCAGCGCCCAGUGUUCACCCAACCUCUUCAGAACAUCGACAGAAUCAAUGAACAUCAGACGGCUCACUUCGAGGCGCGCUUGAUUCCAGUGGGAGAUCCCAAUCUGAAGGUCGAGUGGUACCGCAACGAAAAGAUCAUUGAAGAUAGCUCCCGUAUCACCAAGCAGCACGAUUUCGGUUUUGUGUCCCUCGACAUCUCACAUAUUCGCAAGGAGGAUGAGGGCGUGUACAUGUGCCGCGCCGUCAAUCCACUGGGUGAGGCAGUAACCACCGCCUCUAUGCGCGUGGUAUCUGAGGCCAGCAUCCAAAUGGAUACUCAGCAUCCGGACAGUAUCAGUCGCAUCCAUCAACUGGAGAAACCACUGGCACCACGCCCCACUGAACCAGAGCGCCUGUUUGAGAAGCCCAUCUUCACUCAACUGCUCACUGGACCUUCGGAGUUGUGGGAGGGUACUCAUGCACACUUCGAAGCACGAGUCGUGCCUGUGGGAGAUCCUUCUCUGAAGUUUGAGUGGUUUAUCAACGGCGUGGAGCUUCAAAUGGGCUCUCGCCUGCGCACCACACACGACUUUGGAUUCGUCACCCUGGACAUUACUGCAGUGGUACCAGAGGAUGCCGGUGUCUACAUGUGCCGUGCUUACAACGCCGCCGGUGAGGCUGUAUCUUCUACUGCCAUGAAGGUUAAGACCAAGUCGAAUAUUGAUGGUCAGCCUUUGAUUCCGGAGUCUUGGGAGGCUAUUCGACUGAAGGAGGCUGCCAUGAAUCGUGUACCAGAGAUGUUUGUUGACUCGACACCCCAACAAGCUCCGGUCUUCACCACGCAUCUGCAGAGCUACGACAAGCUGCAUGAGGGUCAGCACGUCCUUUUGGAAGCCCAAGUUGAACCCCGCGCGGAUCCCAACCUCCGCAUUGAGUGGUUUAAGAAUGGUAUUUCUCUAACCACUGGCUCCCGAAUUCGCAGUACCUUUGACUUUGGACUAGUUACACUGUCCAUCAACGGAUUGCGUGCUGAUGACUCCGCUAUUUACACCUGCAAGGCUACUAACCAGGUUGGCGAGGCUGUCUCAACCUCAUCUCUUAAGAUCGAAGAUCGCCAUUGGCUUCAGGCCGAGUCUCUGCACCCAGAUUCGUUGCCUCGCAUUGGAGAGCUUGAGGCGCCCAAGGAGGGACGACCAGAGGCUCCAGAGCCCACUUAUGAGACUCCUGUGUUUAUUACUCAUCUUAACAACAUUGAGUGCAAGGAGAGCGACAAUGUACGCUUCGAGUGCAACGUGGAACCGGCUCGUGAUCCUACCAUGUCCAUCGAGUGGUUCUACAAUGGACAACCGCUGCAGGCCGCUGCCAAAUUUAAGUCCAUCUACGAUUUUGGCUACUGCGCUUUGGAUCUGACCAAUUCUUAUGCUGAGAACAGCGGUGUUUACACAUGUAAGGCUACUAACAGCAAGGGAUCUGCAACUACCUCUGGCACUCUUAAGUGCACUGGUGGCAAGACCAUGUUCCUAGACACCCAGCAUCCGCAGGGAGAGGCUGGUCUUGAGGCUGUGCAGGAAACCGAGGAGGAGCUGGCCAAUCGCUACACCAGCAAAACGACAAAGCCCGAGACACAGUAUCCACCACCAGUAUGGACGAAGCCACUGCAGGCCGAGUUCCAUUUGUCGGAGGCCCAACCCAUUCAUUUGGAAGCCAACGUGGAGCCCAAGGAGGAUCCCAACCUGUUUAUAGAGUGGUACUUUAAUGGCAAAAUGCUGAACCAUGGUUCUCGCUUCAAGAUGACCAGUGAAUUUGGUUUCGUUACCAUGGAUAUGAUCGAGGUAUAUGCGCGCGAUCAGGGUAUCUACACUUGCAAAGCGUACAACAAGGCUGGAGAGGCCUUUACCUCCACCACCAUCUUCUGUUCGAGCAAGGAGAACAUCAUCGAGUCAACUCAGCACCCGAAGGGAGCUGAAGGCCUUGAGCAAAUCCAGGACCUUGAAGACUCCCUGCGCAAGGACGGCUCUAAGCCAGAACAGCCAGAUCUUGGCAUCCCACCACGCUUCACCACUGAAUUCGUUAAUAUUGCAGACAUCGGGGAGGGUGAAUUGGCUCACUUUGAGGCCAAUCUCAUUCCUGUUGGUGACCAGAGCAUGGUCAUAGAAUGGUUCUACAACGGCAAGGUUUUGGAGGCCAGCCAUCGUGUGCGUACCAUCUACGCUUUUGGCACGGUUGCCCUGGAGGUUCUUGGCACCAAGAUCGAAGACACCGGCACCUACACUUGCCGCGCCACCAACAAGCAUGGAACUGCUGAAAUAAGCUGCAAUCUGGAGUGCGUGGACAAGCCGAGGGGCCAGAAGCCGCGCUUCACGUCCCACAUUCAGCCGCUGGAGGGCCUGAAGGACGGACAGUCCGCUCACUUCGAGUGCACUCUGAUUCCAGUCAACGAUCCGGAUCUGAAGGUGGAGUGGUAUCACAAUGGCAAGCUGAUGCGUCACUCCAACCGCAUCAAGACGGUUUCCGAUUUUGGAUACGUCGUUUUGGAUAUUUCCUAUCUGCAGGAUCAUGACAGUGGAGAGUACGUUUGCAGAGCCUGGAACAAGUACGGUGAGGACUUUACCCGUACCACCCUCAAUUGUGGAGGACGUGGCGGAGUGUUCUAUGAUAGCUUGCAGCCGGAUUCACUGCAGAGGAUUAGGGAGCUUGAGUGCCCACAAGGACAACAGGCAGAUACCUCGGCUCCUCUGGUCGCUGAGCCCCCCAAGUUCAUCACCCAGAUCGUCGAUGUAACUAAGCUGGUGGAGGGACAGUCUGCUCAUUUCGAGGCACGUUUGACUCCAAUCACCGAUCCUGAUUUGGUGGUGGAAUGGUACUUCAACGGCAAGAAACUACCCCAUGGUCACCGCUUCCGCACCUUCCACGACUUCGGUAUUGUUAUUCUGGACAUUCUGUACUGCUACGAAGAGAACUCUGGUGUAUACGAGGCCAGGGCUCGUAACAAGUAUGGAGAGGAUGUUACUAGGGCUUCGCUCAAGUGCGCCUCGAAGUCAAGCCUCAUUUUGGACUCCCAGUUGCCUCGAGGAAUGGAAGGUGGCUUGGAGAAGAUCGCCAACCUGGAGUACAGCAUGGUCCGCACUCGCGAAGAGACCACCGAAGAGACCAAGGGCAAGGCUCCCGUCUUUACUGUACCACUGGAAAACAUCGAAAAUCUGCGUGAGGGUGAAAAUGCCCACUUUGAAGCUAGGAUUACCCCGGCCGAUGAUCCCAAACUGAAGGUCGAGUGGUACUGGAACGGUCGUCCAUUGAAGGCCGGUUCUCGUUUCCGCACUUUCUGCGACUUUGGCUUUGUCAUCCUGGAGAUUUCUCCUGUGUAUCCUGAGGACUCCGGCGAGUACUCUUGCCGCGCAAUCAACGAGUAUGGUGAGGCGGUGACCACGGCCACCAUGAAGAUCCAGGGUAAGCGCAGCAUCAUCAUGGAAUCUCAGCUGCCCAAGGGCAUGGAGGGAACUAUCGAUCGCAUUGCCGAACUGGAGGGCUUGGGCUCCCGCAGCACCGAGUUCGUACCAGAUGAUGAUACUGGCAAGCCACCAGAGUUUAUCACCUCUCCCUUCGAUAUGGUUAUCGGCGAGAACGCUCUGGCUCACUUCGAAUGCCGUCUGCAGCCGAUUAAUGACCCAUCGAUGCGUGUGGAUUGGUUCCACAAUGGCAAGGCCUUGUGGGCUGGUUCUCGUAUCAAGACCAUCAAUGAUUUUGGCUUUGUAAUCCUCGAAAUUGCUGGUUGCUAUCAGCGUGAUUCGGGAUUGUACACUUGCAAGGCCACGAACAAGCAUGGUGAGGCCACGGUCUCUUGCAAAUUGCAGGUUAAGGGUCGCCAAGGCAUCGUUAUGGAGCCCCAGUUGCCCUCCAACUUCCGCACCGGCACUGAGAGUCUGCAGAAACUUGAGGAGACCAUGCAUAAGCGUGAGGAGCUUGUGACUGAAGACGAGCAGCCCAAUCCCCCGAAAUUCACCGAGGAAAUAAAGGACAAUUUGGAUGUUCCUGAGGGUGGUCCAAUUCACUUUGACUGCCGUGUGGAGCCUGUCGGCGAUCCAACCAUGCGCAUUGAGUGGUUCUAUAAUGGUCAUGUUAUGGCUACUGGAUCUAGGGUCCAUCAGCUCAACGACUUUGGCUUUAUUGCUUUGGAUGUGGACUACAUCUAUGCCAGGGAUUCAGGCGAGUAUACUUGCCGGGCAACCAACAAGUGGGGCACUGCCACAACUAGCGCAAAGGUCACUUGCAAGGGAAAGCACAAUAUUGUGUACGAGUCGCAGUUGCCAGAGGGCAUGACCUCCGAAAAGUUGAAGGAGCUGGAGCGAGGACGCAUCCCAGAAGCGCCAAAGGUGGUUGAGGAAGUGUUUGGACCACCAAAGUUCACCACACAGAUCACUUCUGUGACUGUCGAUGAAGCCGAGGCCGUUCGCUUUGAAUGCCAGGUGGAACCCAAGACGGAUCCCAGCCUGCGCGUCGAAUGGUACCGCAAUGGCAAGCCCUUGCCUUCUGGACAUCGUUAUAGAAAUAUUUUCGACAUGGGCUUUGUUUCCCUGGAUAUUCUGUAUGUCUAUGGAGAGGACUCUGGAGAGUACGUGUGCCGUGCCAUUAACAACUACGGCGAGGAUCGCACCAGAGCUACAGUGUCUUGCAAGAAACUCCCUACCAUCUUACUCCAGAACCAAGUUCCUCGCGGCAUGAAGCGUUCAGAUGCUCUAACCCAAAUGGAAGCUACCAUCAAGAAAUAUACAUCCGAAGUCCAUUUGACAGAGGAUGAUCUAUUCGAUCCUGAUCGCAAGCAGCCUCCUCGCUUUGUCACCCAAAUCAAGGAGCAGCUUACUCUUACCGAGAUGGCCGUCACCAAAUUCGAAUGCCAGUUGGCUCCCGUGGGAGAUCCUAACAUGAAGGUCGAGUGGUUCUUCAAUGGCAAGCCAUUGCUGCACAAGAACCGCUUCCAGCCCAUUUACGAUUUUGGUUAUGUGGCAAUGAACUUUGGCUGGGUUUAUCCCGAAGACAGCGGAGAGUACGUGUGCCGUGCCACCAACUUGUAUGGCAAGGACGAGACUCGUGCCAUCAUUAAGGUUUCUGGAAAGCCAGGAAUUGUCUAUGACUCCCAGCUGCCCGCUCACAUGCAGAGCAUUGACCGCAUCCGCGAAAUGGAAGCCUCAUGGCAAGUGGUACCCGAUGAGGUUGAUCCCGAUGCCAAGCCCAGAACCAAGCCAGUGUUUGUGAGCAAACUGGAGCCCCAGACUGUGGAGGAGGGUGACCCAGCUAGAUUCUGUGUUCGUGUCACCGGCCACCCACGUCCGAGGGUUAUGUGGCUUAUCAACGGUCACACUGUCGUUCAUGGCUCUCGUUACAAGCUGACAAACGAUGGUAUGUUCCAUUUGGAUGUCCCGAAGACACGUCAGUACGACACUGGCAAGGUAGAGGUGAUUGCUCGCAACUCUGUGGGCGAAUCGAUUGCCACCACUGAACUGAAGGUUGUAGCACGAUCGGACGAUUAUCGCAAUGUGCUGAAGAAUUCGCCACGUCCUUGGUACGAUUACGAACUAGCUGCCUAUCAGAAGGAGCGCCAGGAGAACGAGUUGGAAAAGGUAUUCGAUGAGCGUAAGCAGGUCCUUUCCGAACAGAGCUCCCACACGUUGAAGGGCGUGGAGCACCUGAAGCCCAAGCAAUACAAGCCACCCACUCCGGACUGGCAGCAAAAUGUCAAGGCCAAGAAGAGCGAGGACUACUACAACAAGCUGCAGACUCUGGAAACUGAACAGCUGCUGAAGGAGACCAACCUGCGAAGGGAUACCCAUCAGUACGCCAUUCCCGGAGAGAAGGUUGUGAGCAGUUCUCAAGCCAAGGGAAUGGCCCAGUCUUACGAAGAAAAUCUUCAAGAGAAAACGAGCACCACUGAAGUGCAGGCUGCUCCACCCAAGGGUAUUGCCCAACCAUCCGAAUCAUCCGUCCAUGGUCGCGAAGUUCACAUGAACAAGCAACAGCAGGUGCAGAAGGAGAUCCAGGGUGACCUUGAGAUUACCCGCAAGAUAACCGCCACCGAAACAACCGAGGUUGAGCAUAAGGGAACCAUUCAGGAGCGUGUCGUUCAGGGACCCGUGAAACCGGCCAAGGCUCCGGUCUUCACCAAAAAGAUCCAGCCAUGCCGCGUCUUUGAGAACGAGCAAGCCAAAUUUGAAGUGGAAUUCGAAGGAGAGCCCAAUCCUACGGUUAAAUGGUACCGUGAGAGUUUCCCCAUCCAAAACUCUCCGGAUCUGCAGAUUCACACCUUCAGCGGCAAGUCAAUUCUGAUCAUCCGCCAAGUGUUCGUCGAGGACUCCGCAGUCUUCUCGUGUGUGGCCGAAAACCGUGGAGGAACUGCAAAGUGCAGUGCCAAUCUUGUUGUCGAGGAACGUCGUCGCGCCGGAAAGGGUGGCAUUCAGCCACCUAGUUUCGUGACCACCAUACAGAGCACUACUGUGGCCACCGGCCAGUUGGCUCGCUUCGAUGCCAAGGUUACAGGCACUCGCCCACUGGAUGUGUACUGGCUUAAGAACGGCAUGAAGAUUCAGCCGAGCAUCAAGUUCAAGAUGCUGGAGGAGGACAGUGUUCACACUCUACUUAUCAUCGAGCCGUUCGCCGAGGAUUCCGGUCGCUAUGAGUGUGUGGCCGUCAAUGCCGCUGGAGAGGCCCGCUGCGAUGGUGACUGCAUCGUGCAAUCGCCCAGCAAACCGGAGAAACCUACGACUCCGGGCAGCGAGAAGGCGCCACAUAUUGUGGAGCAGCUUAAGAGCCAGACCGUGGAGGAGGGAAGCAAGGUUAUCUUCCGCUGUCGAGUGGAUGGCAAGCCCACUCCCACCGCCCGCUGGAUGCGUGGCGAGAACUUUGUGAAGCCAUCACGCUACUUCCAGAUGAGCCGGCAAGGCGAGUACUACCAGUUGGUCAUCUCGGAGGCCUUCCCCGAGGACGAGGGUACCUACAAGUGCGUGGCUGAGAACAAACUGGGCAGCAUUCAGACCAGCGCUCAGCUCAAGGUUCGACCAAUCGAGAACCUUGACGCCCCGCCCACUAUCACAGCCCUCAAGGAUGUCUCUGUCACCGAGGGCAUGCCCGCUCAGUUUAAGACGACGGUGACCGGCAAAGUGAAAGCCACCAGCGUCCAAUGGUUCCGCGAGGGUCAGCUGAUUCCCGAAACACCGGACUUCCAGAUGAUCUUCGAUGGCAAUAGCGCUGUACUCCUGAUUGGCACCACCUACGAGGAGGAUUCGGGCAUCUUUACUGUGCGCGUAACCUCGUCCACCGGCCAGGUUGAAUCCUCAGCCAAACUGACUGUUAAAAAACGACGCAUCUCGGCCUUUCAAUUGCGAACGAUUGAUUCCGCCGAGGAUGAGUCCUCUUCCUCUGGCCGGGAGGACAGUGCCCCCGAGUCGCCACACGCUUUCCAACCUGGCCAGCAACCAGGCCAGCAGUUUGGUCAAUUCCUGGGCGUCAACGGGCAGGGUCAGCAUCAGGGAAGAUCGCGGCAGAAGAAACCCAAGGUAAGGAGCAAGUCCCUGCAGCCGGCUACAAAGGUGAUACCAUGGCGCAAGUCAUCGCGUCCCACUCGAGGUCGUUCCCUGGACAAGGGAGUCUUCCUGCCAGGCUUCAAGCCUGAACCGGUCAAGUCCUGGACUGAGGAGACUAUUAACUUAAAGGCCACGCCAAUUGAAAAGAAAAAGCCCGCACCAAAACUUGAGGCAGCAAAGGUUGUACUGAAGUCUAUCAAAACCGAACGUGAUCAGGGCAUCAUGAGUCUAGGCGCUACCCUGGAGCAGAUCAUUGCUGGAAAAACCGAAAAGGAAGCCAUUCCUUGGAUCACUAUGCGUGAAAAACUUAAGGCAGUCGAAAGUGUUCAGCAACAGCUCAACAAAUUCGAUCUGGAUGAGGUCUAUCUGCAACCACUUGAAGGCCAAAUUGAAACUGAGGGGCAGCUGCCACAACAGGCUCAGGUGGAGCAGGUGCAGCGCACUAAGGAAAUCCAGCGCCUGAAGAGCAUGGAAAGCGUUGAGAUUAUGGAGAUGACUGACCAGAUCGAUAAGCUGAUCACCCAGCAGCAAAACGCUAAAGAUCUCAUUCCCUGGAAGGAGAUGCGCCAGCAGCUUAAGAGUGUCCAGCGGGUUACCAAGCAGAUUGACAAGUUCAAGAUUGAGGAAGUCGAGCUCCGUCACCUGCAGGCUCAACAAGCCAUUACGGAGGAAUAUCAAACAGGAACAGCCGAGGAGACUGUCGUCAUGAUUGAUGAGAGCUCCAAGGGCUCGAUCUCUAAAGUGCUUCGUCGCGAUGAACAGCUUCAGUAUGAAGAUCAGUCGAAUAUCUACAAGCAGAAGUUUAUCACCACUGAGGAUGUUAACAUUAUGCAUGUUUCGGAGCGCGAGAAGCUAGAAGCUCAGAGAUUGAUACGCGAGCAGCAGGCUGUAAAUUGGCGCCAGCAGCAACAGCGCCCACAGUUGCAGCCCCUGACUUCGGUUGAGGAUACAGUAAUCUCUCAGACUUCUGAGAGACAGAAAUUGGUGCAACAGCAGAGCUUCAUCGAGGAGGCUCAGCGUCAGCAGUUUGUGCAGGUCGAGGACUCCCAGAUGAUGAGCCUCGAGGAGUAUGAGCACCAAAAGAUAAUAAACCAGCGCACCCAACAAGAAGCGUUUAGCUGGCGACAGCCUCGUGAGCCUCAAAAGUUUAUUCAGGUGGAAGACUCCACGUUGCUUCACUUACAGGAACGUCAUGAUACGCAGGAACAGCAGCUGUUGCAACAACAGCCUGUUAUGUGGGACCGUGGCAGAAAAAAGCCAGAUCAACCACAAUAUGUGCAACCCCAGGAGCAGCGUGUUAAAGAAGAAUUCGUGGAGAAGCCAAAAACGUACGAGGAAAUGCACGACGAGCUGGUUGAACCAACUCCGAUUGAACAACCUCAGCCGGUGCCAGUUAUGUGGGAGCGAGGCAAGAAGAAACCUCAGCCCCAGGAGAAGACUUUCGAAGAGGCGCACGACGAGUUGGUUGAACCCACGCCUGUCCAGCAACCGGAGCCAGUGCCUGUCAUGUGGGAACGUGGCAAGAAGAAGGUGGCUCAGCAGGAAACAGUUUUAUCACAGGAAGUUGUGCAAACAUCACAGGUAGUCGAGCAGCAGAUCGUUGAGGAAACAAAGAAAACGGCUGUUAGACGAGUGAUUCCACCAAGGGAGCCGGAGCAGAAGGUGGAGCAGGUUACCUUGAAACCAACACCUCGCCCUCGUCCUAAGGAGGCUGUAAAGGCUGAGGAGAUUCAAUUGAAACCCUUGAGGAGCACCAGACCCGUACCACAACCAGUGGAGGCGGAACAGAAAGCCUACGAAGAAGCUACCGAUGAGUUGACUGAAGAACCCAUACCUCAACCGCAGCCUGUCAUGUGGGAGCGUGGCAAGAAGAAGCCCCAAAAACCCCAAGAGGAAGUGACCGAGAUUCCGAAAACUCUUGAGAUUGCAGUCGACACGCUUGAGGAGGAAGUGCCGAAGCCAACAGAACCACAGCCACAACCUGUUUUGUGGGCGCGUGGCCAAAAGAAGCCUCAAAAGCCUGAUGAGCAAAAACAAGAGCUUCCAAAGAGUCUGGAGAUUGCCGUCGACACUAUAGAAGAGGAUCUUAUCAAGCCCGUUCAGCCUGAACCACAGCCUGUUCUUUGGGAACGCAAGAAAAAGAAACCGCAACCUCAAGACGUAAUCGAAGAAAAGUUGGAUGUAGCUCCGACCAAGACAUACGAAAAAGCAGUCGAUGUUCUGCCCGAUGAGCCUAAGGUUGAGGAGAAGCCAGAGCCUGUCCUAUGGCAGCGUGGUAAAAAGAAGAUUCCCAAGUCAGAGCCCACUGAAGAAGUGCAUCCCGAUGAGGUAGAUGCCCAAAUAGAGACUGUAGUUAAGGAAGAUGAAAUGAUUGUCGAAGAAAAACGCCGAAUCAAGAAAACCAAAAGGCCCAAGUCGACGAAAGAAGUUACCGAGGAGUUGUUUGAAGAACAGCCGGAAGAGGAAAUAUCUCCAGAAGAGGAAGUGCCGCAGAAAGAAGUUAUUGAAGAAAUUGAGGAAAUUGUUGAAGAAAAACGUAGGCUUAAGAAAACAAAGAAGCCCAAGCUUACACAGCAGGUGACCGAAGAAGAAACUCCCCAUGAAGAGAUAAUCAAAGAGUCUGAAGAAGUUGUUCAAGAACAGGAAGAGAUAGUUGAAGAAAAGAAGAAGGUCAAAAAGGUUAAGAAACCCAAGACAGUCGCAGAGAAACAGCUCAAAGAAGAAGAAAUCCCAACAGAGGAGACUGUUGAAGAGGAAGAAACUGCUGAGGACCAGCAACUAGUCGUUGAAGAGAGCAAAAAGGUUAAAAAAGUAAAGAAACCAACUGGGACAGUUGAAAAGACUGAUGUUGAGGAAUUGCCAGGAGAGGAAGUUCCAGUAGAGGAAGUUCCAGUAGAGGAAGUUCCAGAAGACGUGGCUCCAGAAGAAGAGCUCAUCGAGGAACAGGAGGAAAUCGUUGACCAAGAUGAAAUCCAGGAACAAAAGCGAAAGGUCAAAAAGGCAAAGAAGCCGAAGAAGACUAUAGAAAAGACCGAAAUAGAAAUAGAAGAAGACCAACCAGAAGAGGAGGUUCUGCAAGAAGAAAUAAUUGGGGAGCAGGAAGAAAUAACAGAAAGGCAACGUAAAGUAAAAAGUAUUAAAAAGCCCAAGAAAGUUGUAACCGAAAAGACAGUGGAUCAGACAGAACAGCCAGAAAAGCCGGAAGAAUCGCAAGCCGAAGAGGUGAAAGAAACCGUAACCGAAGAACCCAAAAAGCCUAAGCCUGCGCCCGAAGAGGCAAAGGUUGAGCAAGUCGAAAAGAUUUCACUGAAACCUGCGCCAAGAAAACAACGUCUUCUGCCCGAAAAAGAACAAGUGGAGGAGGUCUUGCUUAAGCCCGUGAAAAAGAUUGUUGCUGUGUCGGAAGCGGAACAACCCGAAACACCUGAAACGGAAUUCGAGGUGAAAGAGUUUGCCAUCACCACUACAGAGGAUAUACUGGAUGUAACAAAGAAGCGUGUUAAGAAGAAAAAGCCCAAAACAAAGGUUGCAGCUGAAGAAUCCACUGAAGAACCAGCUGAAGAAACUGAAGAGUUUGAAGAAGAGGCAACCCAGCCCGAAGAAGUGCAACCAGUUGAGGAAAUUCCGGAGGAGCCACAAGUAAAGGAAGUUGCUGACGAACGUAAAACGGCACCUAAGCCAAAGCCUAGAAAGGAAGAAAUCAUCGAGAAGGUUGAAGAAGUUGCUCUAAAGCGAGUUACUCGGCCAAAGAAGGAGCUACCUCAAGAGGCGACCAUCGAGGAAGUGCGUUUGAAGCCUACUCAACGCACUUCUAUCAAGCCCGAAGAAGUCAAACUAGAGGAAGUGGACUUGCAGCAUGUGGAGAAGAAAGAGGAUGAAAUCGUUCAGGAAGAGAAACGAAAGACCAGAAAGGUUAAGAAGCCAAAACACGAAGACUUGCCGGAAAUUCCCGAUGCUGAGCCAACGCAACUGGAAGAGGCUGAACACAUUGAACUGGAGAAGCAACCAAAGCCCGAAGAAGACCAGCCACAGGUGCCAUGGAAGAGAGGUGAAAAGAAACAGCCUGUUGAAGAAGUCUUGGAGGAAAAGAAAUGGCCAUCUGGUAAACGCCGUCCACUGCCUGAACAGCAGCCGGAAGAAGUUCAACUGAAGCCAAUUCCAUCUAAACCAAUUGAAGAACAGCAAAAGCCAGAGAAGGCCAUACCUGGUCCGCAACUUGUGCCAGAAGAAAAGCCUGAAAGCGAAGAGGAGGAACUGGAACUUGAACCGCUCAAGCUGCCCGAGGACAAGAAGCCAAAAGAGCCUAAGGCUAAGAAAGAGAAGAAGAAGAAGCCCAAGCUGAAGAAGGCCACACCAUCAGUAGAUGAGGUGUCCGAGGAAGUCGCCGAGCCCUUCGAUGAGCCCAUUGCUGAGGAAGAUGAAGUGGAAGAGAUGCCAGUGGACGAUGUCAAGGUCGUGGCAGUGUCGGAAGACGUACUGCCCGAAGAGGAAGUUGUGCCCACAGAGGAGACUCCCGAGGCAAAGCAAAAGGCGCACAAGAAGCGCACAAAGCGCCUAAAGGAGGCCUCCGUAGAGGGUCAACCUCAGCUGCUGGAAGCGGCUAUUGCUGAAAUCGAAAAGGUGGAUGAAAUAUCCCAGGAGAUCUCACAAAAGACUAUUACCCUACUCAAAAAGACUGAAGACACAAGACCUCAAUUCAUAACGACUGAACAGCUUAUCGAGCUGGAUGUGGAGGACGUCCGACGCGAUCUAGAAAUGAAGGUCACAUCGAACAUCAUUAAGAAGGAGAAGCGUCGCGUGGUGCUGGACGACAGUCAACCGUUGCCUGAGCUGGAACUGAUUACCCAGAAACGAAUCCAAGAGGGCAUAGACAAGGUGGCCGAUGAGGAGCUUAUAGAGGACCAGCAGUUAAUCCAAAACCAGCAGGAGACGACUACCUCUGAGGUUAUCGGCCAGGAGCGCAAGCUUGUCAAGAAGAAGAAGAAGGAGAUUAAGCCUCCAAGGAUCACCGAGAAAUUGCGCCCACGCCAAUGUGUUCCCGAGGAACCCACCGUGCUGGAGUGCAAAGUGGAAGGAGUUCCGUUCCCAGAAAUCAAAUGGUACUUCAACGAUAUUCUCCUGUUUGCUUCUGAGAAGUAUGAAAUCACUGUCAUGGAGCAAGUGGCGAAGUUGAAGAUUGCCAAGGUCACGCCCAGUGAUGUUGGCGUCUAUACAUGCGAGGCCAAGAACGAGGCUGGAGUGGCCACAAGUCGUACCAACAUUAUUUUAGAAAAAGAACAAGGAGUUCCCCCCCAGUUUACAAAACCACUUAAGAUUGAGUUUAUUGAGGAGAAACAGCCCGAGCGGCUUAAGGUUACGGUUACUUGUCAAGUGACAGGAAAACCAAAUCCUGAGGUCAAAUGGUAUAGAGGAAUAGAGGAAGUUAUACCCAGCGAAACAGUUCAAAUGUUCUAUGACGAAAAAACCGGCGAUGUGGCCCUGGAGGUUAUUAAUCCCACACCCAAUGAAGCAGUUGUCUACUCUGUGCAGGCGCAGAAUCAGUUUGGACGUGCCAUUGGCAAUGCCAAUAUUCUAAGCCGGGUCGAUGAAGUUCCCCGGGAGAUACUAAAGGCCCCUACCGUAACUCCACUGAGUGCUGUUGUUGUACCCACAGGUGGUACUCUCUUCUUUGAAGCAAAAUACGAUGGCUUGCCUAGGCCAGAAGUAAAAUGGAUGCGCAAUGGCCGUGAGAUUAUCGAGAAUGAGGAGACCAUAAUCGAAACUACAGAAACAACCACCACAAUAAAGGUUGUCAAUAUGACUCGCAAACGAACUGGCAAAUAUGAAGUUUGGGCUAAGAACAAGGUGGGUGAGGCCAAGUCCUCGGGCUCGGUGGUGGUUUCAGAUCAAAAGCCCGAUGAGCAAAUUAAGCCGCCGAGAUUUAUUCAGCCCUUGGAGCCCAAGUACUUUGGCGAGCACGAGGUGGCCAUUAUUGAAGCGAUUGUGGAAUCUGAGCCAUUAUCGUCCUUCCAAUGGUUUGUGCACAACGAGCCCAUCAAGAGUUCAAACGAAGUGCGUAUCGUUAGCCAGGCCAAUAAGUCAACGUUGCUGAUUGAAAACUUCCAAAGCAAGUUUGUGGGGCCUUUUACUUGCCGGGCCGAGAAUGUGGGUGGAUCAGUGACGUCAACGGCCACCGUUAACCUAAUUCCCCAAGAGGAAGCCGAGGAAUUUGAGUCGCCGCGUUUUGUUGAGGAGCUCGUUCAACCCGUGGAGGUUAUGGAUGGCGAGGCAUUGCUGCUGACCUGUCAAGUAACAGGAAAGCCCACUCCUAAGGUAGAGUGGUACCACAAUGCGGAGAAGAUCACUGAGAACAAGGAAACUACGAUAUCGCAAGACUUGCAAGGCGUUUGCCAGCUGCAGAUUACGGAAGUUUUCCCCGAAAACGAAGGCCAAUACGAGUGCGUGGCUACAAAUAAAAUUGGCAAGAGCGUCAGCAAGACAAACGUUAAAAUACAAGCAUUUGAAUAUAUCCCCGAUUCUGAAAUCACUGGACUCACAGGAUCUGAGGAGGAUCUACUUGAUAGAACCCUCUCAAUCGACGAACAAGCUCCGAAAAUUAUUAAAAAACUACCGGAGAAAAUCGAGCCAAAAGAAGGCGAGCAAGCGAAGCUGGAGGUUAAGGUCGUUGGAAAACCGAAACCGAAGGUCAAAUGGCUGCGCGACGACGAGCAGAUAUUCGCCUCCGAGGAAUAUCAGAUCGAAAAUUUCGAAGAUGGCACCUCAGUGCUGGUCAUUAACCACGUCUAUCCCGAUGAUUUGGGUACAAUUAGUUUCGAGGCAUACAAUCCACUCGGUGUGGCAGUGACUACGGCGCUCUUUGCGGUCGAAGUAAAAUUCUUUUUCAGAUGUCUGGAGCUGCAUUAUUUAUGUUUCCCAAACUCUCUCGAGUCCAGCAUCGUGGGUUCGAAGGAUUACCGCAAGCCGGAAUGGGUGUCUCAAAUGGAGGAAAUGCAGGUGGCUCUCAAAGCUGCUAAAUGCUCGCCUUCACUACUAAACGAAAUGCGUGACUGCCGUGCUGCCUUAGGUGAAACAGCCAAGUUCUCGAUACAGUUUGCUGGCAAUCCGAUACCAGAUAUUCAGUGGUAUUUCAACAACGUUCAGCUUAGGGCAUCCGAAAAGUAUCGCAUGGUAGUGCAGGAACAGGAAGCUACGCUAGAAAUAAUGAAAAUAACAAGCGAAGACUGCGGUUACUAUAACUGCAAGCUCAUAAAUGAGAUUGGCAUGACAAUGACUCGGGCCAAGUUCGACAUAUCAUCCACGAGCACCAUAGUUGAGGAAACCAAGGCCAAGACUACCGUCAAGAAGAAGUCUGGCAAGAAAACUAUGGUGAAAAGAUCCGGUGCCUCAGAGUCCCAGAACGUGCAAAAGACAGAAAUCCGUAUUAUUCCAACUAGCGCGGUAGAGACCAGCAUGAAUGUGAUCAAGGUGAAGCAACCCGUAUCCGUACUCGUAGAAAAGAGCGAAAUAUCUGAGGUUUUAGUCGUUAAAGAUCGCGAGGUUGCCGAUGCCGAAGAGCGUAGUAGCCAAUUAAUUGAAGAAAUAGAAGAGGAGGAAGAGAUUGAGGAGAAAGUCCAGCACGACGAGGAGGACGAAGUUGAGGUGCAAGUAGAGCAAAAGGAAACAUAUACGUCUAGCAAGAAAAUAGAGAUAACUAAAACGGUGGAGCUAAUACGCACAAAAAUUAGCGAAAAGAUCAUAACAAUUGAAGAUGUUCAAGUACUUUCGCAUCACGAGGAAGUACAAUGGCUGCUCGAGUCCAUCGAGGCCGAGUCUUUCGGCCAAAUUGGCGAGUCUGCCCUUAGAGAUUUGGCCACUAUUGGACUGCUAUUGCGCUAUGGCUGUGAGCACUACGAAAUCACAUAUAUGUAUGAGCAAAACAUAUUUAUAUCGCUGAAGAAACCAGAGUCGCAAUCGGCCCUGGUGCAGCUCGUCGAGCGAGAAGGCCACGAAGAACUGAUCUCCCAAAUACUGAGCGAGUCUUCCAAUGAGGACGAGACCAUCCUAGCAGCAACUGUGGGCUUCAAGGCCUUCAUACGCAUGAUUCAGACAUACGAAAUCACGAUUGAGAUCGUCAUUCGAAAGUUUGUUAGGGAGGACUUCAUAUCACAGGACUGGAAAAUUUGUGGAAAGGAGAGAAUAGUAGAGACUUCGCAAAUAAUUGAAAGUCACGAGGCCAUCACACAUGUGAAAAUAGAGGAAACAUUUGUCGAGGAACGAACGAUAAUUGUCCAAGAAGAAACAGCAACCACUAAAGUGGAAAAACUAUUCAAAAAGCAGGAACAAGAACAUGUGCAAAAUCUAGAACAACAAGAACAAGUGAAAAUUCAGGUUCAGACUAAACAAAUUGCGCAGAUGAACACUAAAAUCAAAAAGCAUAAAAAACACAAACAACAAGAACAGGAAGUUUCCGAGACAACAAUUCAAUGCGAACAGAAAGAAACACUGGCUCACGAAACAAGCGCGGAAUUACCACAGUCAGAAACUCUUGAGCAAAUUGAGGAGUCUCUGUCCACAUACGAAACACUACCCAUACAAAAUCUUUCAAAAGACACGCUUCAGACCGUUGCAGUUUCAGUCACCACAGAACUUUCUACUCCAAGCCCAACGGCGUCGCGGGUACAGGAGGAGAUUCUACCUCAAAAGGUAUUGGCCAUCAAUGAGGAGGUGUUACCACUCGAUGAGUUUGGCCUGCGAAAAGAAUCUCCCAGACCCAAAGAAAACAAGCUUACCGAAAAUAUUGAAGUAAGGCUAAAGCAUGCACUUAAUGUCUCACAUGCAAAGACGGCUGAGUCUUCAAAGGAAUUGCCUUCCAAAAUACCGAAAUCCGUGAAAGCCCAGCGGAAGAUGAAAGAGUCACGCUCCUUGGUGGUUGAAGCUCCAAACGCCGAAGAAGCUAUCGAGGAUCUAAAGCCACUGAAGGCCGUUUCGCAAGAGGUACAGAGCGACAUAUUAUUCUCGCAUGAGAUAACCGAAGAACAGCACCAAGCACUGGAGACCAUUGAGAAGCUAAAACCCACCUCUGCCAUUGAGGACACCGUUCAGCAGAAACUACUGAGCCAGGAGGAGUUAAUUAUCGCGGAAGUUUUACCCUCCGAAACUGUGGGAAGGGAUGUCACUGAUGUUAGGCCACCGGGAGAAACUAUUUCGCCUCGACUUACCCCCAACAUGAGCCUUUGCAUUACCGAAUGCCAGCCGGAGGACUCUAUAGGCGAAAUGCAACAAGCUGCUAAAGAACGCAUGGAGACACCUUCGAUGUCGGUAACGGAAUCAAAGGCAGUCGGUGGACAAGAACUGGAAGUUUUGGAGAACGUGGACCAUAUGCCAUUAAUAACCCAGCCUACUAAGGGAUUAGCUGAUUAUACCAUUAAAGCCGAGGAGGUUCCCGUUCAGGUGCAAGAAAUUAUCACUUUUGAUAGUUUGGAAAGAGAAACGGUGGCCAAAACACAGACUGCCAAAAGUAAUGCAUUGGAAUUAUUCGAGUUAUCUGAGGGUCUAGUCAGUAGCACCGCUGAUUCUCAUAGUCCAAUAGCCGAGGAUUUGCCUAUUUUUGAGAAAGAUGUAAAAGAAGCCACUAUAGAUAUGCAAAUGCAGCACCACGUAACAACUUCCGAAACAGUUUCCAAUGAAAAUGCAGUUAAGGAUUUGAAAGCAGUUGAUACCCCGAAAAUGGCCGAGGGCACAUUGGGGCAAUCAAGUGCGUUAACUAUUGGGGAAACGCAGCAGAUGAAUCUUGUAGAAACGACAGUUGAGCUUAUCGAACCAAAUGUAGAAUCGACAAAACCAGCUAAGGGCGCCUUAACAGAGGCAUAUGGCACAGCCGAGAGUAACGAAGAGACCCUCCUCGAAUCACUCGGUUUGGUACCAGACGAUAAUCGCAAGAUAGAACAAGGAAAAGUAAAUAUUAGCGAAGGGGAGUAUGUGGCAAAAGUUCAGACCACGACGGUGACUGACACUGAGGGAGAAUUUGUUUCCGUAGCUCCAAAACUGGUGAAUCCCAAAUUCGAUUUCGUCGAGCAAUCUGCGUUGCAGAUUAAGCAGGACACGACAGUGGAGAAGGAGGAAAUUCUAUCUUCCAAUAUAGAACUGGCACCACAGUUAGCUACAUCAAAUAUGUUUCCUGCUGAGUUAAAGGUUACAAGCAUAUACGAAGUUCAACCAGGUCUGACAUCAAGUGAUAUUAUUACGGAGCAAACAAAGUCUGUAUCAGCUAAUCAAGUCUUUGAGACGAUGUCGAUUGGAGUUACUAGUAAGCCAGAUAUGUUAGAGAGUACUAGUCACAUUGAUGCCUUUCAACAUCCUGAGUUCAAAACGGGGGACACAAUUCUAGAUGAAAACCAACAACCUUUGGAAGUAACAAACGUGCAGAUAACCGAGUCAAGUACGGAUAUUAUUGAUGUCUUACCUAAUCAAAAGCUUACUAAAGCCGAAACUGUCACCGAUGGAUUUAAAUAUGCUGAGGGCCUAGUUGUACUUCCGAUGGAGUCGACAAUCGAUAAAACCGAAGAUACCAAACCGACGGCGGUAAAUGCAGAUAUUAGCAUGCAUCAACAAUUUGGAACAGAUGUUAGAGAGCAGGAGCCGCUAGAAAGUACUCUAACACGCACAGAGGAUCUAAAGCCUCAGACACAAACAACAGAAAGCCAGUUUGGGUUGCUGCAAUCUCUGGAAACCAGCUCAUGUGUUACCUUAGAGGGAGAAAGCGUUCUAUCAGUUAAAGAGCGCCAUCCUGAACAAAGCGCUGCCAUUGGAACUUCGUCAGCUCUGCAAGUGGCCAAUAUCACGAGGCCCCAGCAUAUGGAAUCUUUGGAUAGACUAGAUGAACAGAAGGUGCCUUAUUAUCAGGCAAAUGUUAAUAUUGGGGAAAUCACUUUACCGAACGUUGAGAAAAUCGAUUCGUUUGAUGUUCUAAGCGAUUUGAAUACACCAGAUUACAAUAAAUCAUCUAAAGGUCGUGUACAGUUAAUUGAAAGCACAACAUCGUUAAAAACGACAACAGCUGUUGUAAGUGAAAGUACAGAAGAAUUAAAGGACUUAAACAUUACUCAGCCAGUUCAUAUUAAGCCAAAGCCUUAUGAAUCUGAUCAGAAAAUCUCCAUUUCCGAGCAGACAAAUGUUCUCGAACAUGUUUCGAGCCUGAACCCAGUAUUACCCGCAUUGGAAACGAUCCAAUCUUCAAUAAAAAGUUUGCACGAGAUAAAUGUAAGAGAGACUGAUAUUUUAGAGAAAGAGGAGUCCCUGAAAGAUGUUGAUCAUAUAAGUGGCCGUCUGGCUAAAAUUAUUUUGGACUGCACGACAGGCAUCGCACAAGUUCGACAAGAAGAAACACUCGAGCAUGAGGAGGACCUUAAAGCUCCCUUAAUUCCGCUGGAGAAGGCAAUACCUGCUUCUUCAGAGUUACAUCGGUUGCCUCUAACUGAAUACGUGCAAGAACAACAAGGUACCAGUGACAUGACGGACUUUAAAGUUUCAAACAAAUGUGCAUCUCCUAAUAUUGAUCAUUUAUAUGAAACAAAGUCAUCUGAAAUGAUUGUAUACGACUCUUCGAUAAAUUCAGUUGAUUCCGAGUUUCCAGCUGGUAUAGUGCCUCAAAAAUCUCUAGUUCCCUUUCGGCAUACAAUGGUGACAGAAAACGUUGCCUUUAAUGCAUCUGAAAAUUUCGAAAUCUUAUCUGCCGAUCAACAAAUUGCCACAAAUGUGCAGGAUAGCCUAAGUCAAUCAAUAAUCGCAGAGGAUCAAAUUGCAUUUGAAACUGAACAAAAUCUGGGUCUUGAAACUACACCGACCCACAAACCCAAACUUCUUAAGGAUGACCAAAAUCUUCAUGCGAAGCUCGUGGACGAAGCAACAGUAUAUGAAGCCAUGGGACAGGAGCAAAAAGUUGAUAAAUAUAACAUACAACAAGCGGAGAUCACUCACGAUCUACCUCAAGUUUAUGCAACCGAUCUCCAACAAACUUUUGAGGCUGAAAAAGAGAUUACGACUCGUGAGCAAUCUUAUGUGGCAGCAACAACUGAUAUUAUUCCAUCGCGGCUCGGUUUAGCGAUGACUACAAAGACGCAUCCUGUUGAAGGAAUUGAUGUUCUGUUAAGUUCGCCUCCAAAACCAUCGCUUGCGCAGACAAACUAUGAAGAAACACAGCAUGAAGUACGCGUCAGAGAAACCCAAGCGAUAGAGGAAUCCGAGGAACUCACAGAUGGACGAUUACUUCCGGUUUCUGCUGUCGAGUCGAUAGACAGUACGUUUAAGGUGACAUCAGAUUCUCAACAACCACCAGUUUUCGAUAAGGAGUUGUCAAUACCGACUGUAUCUCCUUUGGAGGCCAGAGCAAAACCAUCUUUAAAUCUACUUCAAGGCACCACCACAUUCGAUGUCAUUCCCUUAGAAUCAUCUGUACUUCUUAAAGAUACGCAUGUCGCUGUGCAGAAGGCGCAACAGGAGUAUGUCGCUCAGGUGGAGUCAAAUAAAGUUCACGUUCAAAUGGAUAAUCUAGUUAUGCAUAAGGAAGAUAUUUUUGAAAAUGCCGAAAUAGAGAAUUUUUGUAAACCAAUUACCGAAGGCACUCAGCUGGAAACAGUUGUUAUUGAAGUGGUGCCAAUAGAUAAUGUGGGUGGUAUUCAUUUAGCCCCACAGCCAUCUACAUUAUUAGCCACUUUAACGUCUACCGAUAUAGUCAAUCAAUCGCACGUUAUAGAUACACAAGUUCCCUUAGAAAUGGAAAGUGAAGCUCAAGCUCCUUUAGACAACAUUGCCCAAGCUAGGAUUAAAUCAGCUGAAGACCACGUACACACAAACGUGUCUGAGGUUAAUGUUUACGAACAAACUAAAGCAAUUCAAGAUCAAAACAAACAUGGCUUAUUUGUUAAGGUAUCGAAGAAUUCUGAUACGAGCAAAGCUUAUUUAACAACAAUACAAUCGACAUUCUUAAAAGAGGACAUCCUACCUAAACCUAACAUUCUUCAGGACACAGCUCAAGCUGCUGCUGAUGAACUUCAAUCUUUGGUAACCGAGGAAGUCGUUAGCGUUAGCUCUAUUCAAGAAACAUAUGAACUUAAAAUUCCACUGCAAAAAACAGCUAACUUAACUCAGCAAACUCCACAGAAUUCUGUAAAUGUUUGUCAGCAACUUGCUUAUGAAGAAACACCUGAUAUUGCGUUUGAGCCGCACGCAUUAACGCGAGCAACUACUAGUUCUGUACCGACAUUUCUUAAGCCAGCCGAAAAUGCAACUGUUAAUAUUUAUGAAAACAUUGAAGGGCAUGGUGAUUUUAAGCCGGGAACUGUAAACCUGACUUCCAAUUCAAAUUUGAAUUCUGAGUUAGUGGUUUCGGUAGUACAAGAGGUGACAUCGGUACCAUCUUUGGGUAGCCUUGCAACGGUCGAACCCCAGGAGCUAAAAGCAAUGCCAGUUACAAAAUCAUCCACAAACCUUGCUUACAGCGAGGAAGGUGGGAUUCCAUAUGUACAGAUUACUGUAGAAGAAGCUAAAUUGGUUAACACUCGGGCAGACGUAGAAGAAAACAUAACUUCUGUCACGACAGAACAACCCAACAUGUGUAUUGCCGCAUCGAUUCAGUUGCCAGCCAUAGAAGAAAAAAAAUUAGAAAAUGCUUUACAAACUCCACAAUUUGCAUCAGAGUCGAUCCUAAAAACUUCACCACAGAUUUCCCGAAAUGCACACUUUGAAACCAGAACACACGAAGAGGAAUAUUCAACGACCACUGAAUCACUAGUAACAACACAAGCCUUAAGAGAUGACAUUGAUAGUACUCAAAAAAACGUAAUGCAGGAUGUUCAAAUGUAUAAACAUUUCGCGACAAAGAGCUUAGAUAAAACGGUAAAAGUGGAAACGGAUACAAAUCAAGCCACAGACACAACACACAUAAAACAAAAAACACCAACACAUAAACUAGCAUCCAGCACGACUCAAAUCACAGAAUCGCCAGAAAUUAUAAAAACUAUUGAAACAAUAUCUGAAGACGGCUCCCCGAGCAAAAAGAUGAUUCGAACUCGUUUAAUAAAAAAAGUCAAGGGUAAUAAACAAGAAUUCACCAAAAUUGAAACCGUCGAGGAAGACGACAAGCAACCCGAAACAACGGUCACCGUUGAGGAACUCCCGUAUGAAGAAGAGAAACCUGAGGAAAUUCAAGAGCUUCCAGAGGAGGUUUGCGUCGUUGAAACCGUUACGGAAGAUGGCAAGCCUAAGAAGAAGAAGAUCCGUACUCGUGUUAUCAAGAAGGUCAAGGGUGACAAGCAAGAAGUCACCAAAAUUGAAACCGUCGAAGAGGACGACAAGCAACCCGAAACAACGGUCACCGUUGAGGAAGUUCCGUAUGAAGAAGAGAAACCUGAGGAAAUUCAAGAGCUUCCAGAGGAGGUUCGCGUCGUUGAAACCGUUACGGAAGAUGGCAAGCCUAAGAAGAAGAAGAUCCGUACUCGUGUUAUCAAGAAGGUCAAGGGUGACAAGCAAGAAGUCACCAAAAUUGAAACCGUCGAGGAGGACGACAAACAACCCGAAACAACGGUCACCGUUGAGGAAGUUCCUUAUGAAGAAGAGAAACCUGAGGAAAUUCAAGAGCUUCCAGAGGAGGUUCGCGUCGUUGAAACCGUUACGGAAGAUGGCAAGCCUAAGAAGAAGAAGAUCCGAACUCGUUUUAUCAAGAAGGUCAAGGGUGACAAGCAAGAAGUCACGAAAAUUGAAACCGUCGAGGAGGACGACAAACAACCCGAAACAACGGUCACCGUUGAGGAAGUUCCGUAUGAAGAAGAGAAACCUGAGGAAAUUCAAGAGCUUCCAGAGGAGGUUCGCGUCGUUGAAACCGUUACGGAAGAUGGCAAGCCUAAGAAGAAGAAGAUCCGUACUCGUGUUAUCAAGAAGGUCAAGGGUGACAAGCAAGAAGUCACCAAAAUUGAAACCGUCGAGGAGGACGACAAACAACCCGAAACAACGGUCACCGUUGAGGAAGUUCCGUAUGAAGAAGAGAAACCUGAGGAAAUUCAAGAGCUUCCAGAGGAGGUUCGCGUCGUUGAAACCGUUACGGAAGAUGGCAAGCCUAAGAAGAAGAAGAUCCGUACUCGUGUUAUCAAGAAGGUCAAGGGUGACAAGCAAGAAGUCACCAAAAUUGAAACCGUCGAGGAGGACGACAAACAACCCGAAACAACGGUCACCGUUGAGGAAGUUCCGUAUGAAGAAGAGAAACCUGAGGAAAUUCAAGAGCUUCCAGAGGAGGUUCGCGUCGUUGAAACCGUUACGGAAGAUGGCAAGCCUAAGAAGAAGAAGAUCCGUACUCGUGUUAUCAAGAAGGUCAAGGGUGACAAGCAAGAAGUCACCAAAAUUGAAACCGUCGAGGAGGACGACAAACAACCCGAAACAACGGUCACCGUUGAGGAAGUUCCGUAUGAAGAAGAGAAACCUGAGGAAAUUCAAGAGCUUCCAGAGGAGGUUCGCGUCGUUGAAACCGUUACGGAAGAUGGCAAGCCUAAGAAGAAGAAGAUCCGUACUCGUGUUAUCAAGAAGGUCAAGGGUGACAAGCAAGAAGUCACCAAGAUUGAAACCGCCGAAGAGGACGACAAGCAACCCGAAACAACGGUCACCGUUGAGGAAGUUCCGUAUGAAGAAGAGAAACCUGAGGAAAUUCAAGAGCUUCCAGAGGAGGUUCGCGUCGUUGAAACCGUUACGGAAGAUGGCAAGCCUAAGAAGAAGAAGAUCCGUACUCGUGUUAUCAAGAAGGUCAAGGGUGACAAGCAAGAAGUCACCAAAAUUGAAACCGUCGAGGAGGACGACAAACAACCCGAAACAACGGUCACCGUUGAGGAAGUUCCGUAUGAAGAAGAGAAACCUGAGGAAAUUCAAGAGCUUCCAGAGGAGGUUCGCGUCGUUGAAACCGUUACGGAAGAUGGCAAGCCUAAGAAGAAGAAGAUCCGUACUCGUGUUAUCAAGAAGGUCAAGGGUGACAAGCAAGAAGUCACCAAAAUUGAAACCGUCGAGGAGGACGACAAACAACCCGAAACAACGGUCACCGUUGAGGAAGUUCCGUAUGAAGAAGAGAAACCUGAGGAAAUUCAAGAGCUUCCAGAGGAGGUUCGCGUCGUUGAAACCGUUACGGAAGAUGGCAAGCCUAAGAAGAAGAAGAUCCGUACUCGUGUUAUCAAGAAGGUCAAAGGUGACAAGCAAGAAGUCACGAAAAUUGAAACCGUCGAGGAGGACGACAAACAACCCGAAACAACGGUCACCGUUGAGGAAGUUCCGUAUGAAGAAGAGAAACCUGAGGAAAUUCAAGAGCUUCCAGAGGAGGUUCGCGUCGUUGAAACCGUUACGGAGGAUGGCAAGCCUAAGAAGAAGAAGAUCCGUACUCGUGUUAUCAAGAAGGUCAAGGGUGACAAGCAAGAAGUCACCAAAAUUGAAACCGUCGAGGAGAACGACAAACAACCCGAAACAACGGUCACCGUUGAGGAAGUUCCGUAUGAAGAAGAGAAACCUGAGGAAAUUCAAGAGCUUCCAGAGGAGGUUCGCGUCGUUGAAACCGUUACGGAAGAUGGCAAGCCUAAGAAGAAGAAGAUCCGUACUCGUGUUAUCAAGAAGGUCAAGGGUGACAAGCAAGAAGUCACCAAAAUUGAAACCGUCGAGGAGGACGACAAACAACCCAAAACAACGGUCACCGUUGAGGAAGUUCCGUAUGAAGAAGAGAAACCUGAGGAAAUUCAAGAGCUUCCAGAGGAGGUUCGCGUCGUUGAAACCGUUACGGAAGAUGGCAAGCCUAAGAAGAAGAAGAUCCGUACUCGUGUUAUCAAGAAGGUCAAGGGUGACAAUCAAGAAGUCACGAAAAUUGAAACCGUCGAGGAGGACGACAAACAACCCGAAACAACGGUCACCGUUGAGGAAGUUCCGUAUGAAGAAGAGAAACCUGAGGAAAUUCAAGAGCUUCCAGAGGAGGUUCGCGUCGUUGAAACCGUUACGGAAGAUGGCAAGCCUAAGAAGAAGAAGAUCCGUACUCGUGUUAUCAAGAAGGUCAAGGGUGACAAGCAAGAAGUCACCAAAAUUGAAACCGUCGAGGAGGACGACAAACAACCCGAAACAACGGUCACCGUUGAGGAAGUUCCGUAUGAAGAAGAGAAACCUGAGGAAAUUCAAGAGCUUCCAGAGGAGGUUCGCGUCGUUGAAACCGUUACGGAAGAUGGCAAGCCUAAGAAGAAGAAGAUCCGUACUCGUGUUAUCAAGAAGGUCAAGGGUGACAUGCAAGAAGUCACCAAAAUUGAAACCGUCGAGGAGGACGACAAACAACCCGAAACAACGGUCACCGUUGAGGAAGUUCCGUAUGAAGAAGAGAAACCUGAGGAAAUUCAAGAGCUUCCAGAGGAGGUUCGCGUCGUUGAAACCGUUACGGAAGAUGGCAAGCCUAAGAAGAAGAAGAUCCGUACUCGUGUUAUCAAGAAGGUCAAAGGUGACAAGCAAGAAGUCACGAAAAUUGAAACCGUCGAGGAGGACGACAAACAACCCGAAACAACAGUCACCGUUGAGGAAGUUCCGUAUGAAGAAGAGAAACCUGAGGAAAUUCAAGAGCUUCCAGAGGAGGUUCGCGUCGUUGAAACCGUUACGGAAGAUGGCAAGCCUAAGAAGAAGAAGAUCCGUACUCGUGUUAUCAAGAAGGUCAAGGGUGACAAGCAAGAAGUCACCAAAAUUGAAACCGUCGAGGAGGACGACAAACAACCCGAAACAACGGUCACCGUUGAGGAAGUUCCGUAUGAAGAAGAGAAACCUGAGGAAAUUCAAGAGCUUCCAGAGGAGGUUCGCGUCGUUGAAACCGUUACGGAAGAUGGCAAGCCUAAGAAGAAGAAGAUCCGUACUCGUGUUAUCAAGAAGGUCAAGGGUGACAAGCAAGAAGUCACCAAAAUUGAAACCGUCGAGGAGGACGACAAACAACCCGAAACAACGGUCACCGUUGAGGAAGUUCCGUAUGAAGAAGAGAAACCUGAGGAAAUUCAAGAGCUUCCAGAGGAGGUUCGCGUCGUUGAAACCGUUACGGAAGAUGGCAAGCCUAAGAAGAAAAAGAUCCGUACUCGUGUUAUCAAGAAGGUCAAGGGUGACAAGCAAGAAGUCACCAAAAUCGAAACCGUCGAAGAGGACGACAAGCAACCCGAAACGACGGUCACUGUUGAGGAAGUUCCGUAUGAAGAAGAGAAGCCUGAGGAAAUUCAAGAGCUUCCAGAGGAGGUUCGCGUCGUUGAAACCGUUACGGAAGAUGGCAAGCCUAAGAAGAAGAAGAUCCGUACUCGUGUUAUCAAGAAGGUCAAGGGUGACAAGCAAGAAGUCACCAAAAUUGAAACCGUCGAGGAGGACGACAAACAACCCGAAACAACGGUCACCGUUGAGGAAGUUCCGUAUGAAGAAGAGAAACCUGAGGAAAUUCAAGAGCUUCCAGAGGAGGUUCGCGUCGUUGAAACCGUUACGGAAGAUGGCAAGCCUAAGAAGAAGAAGAUCCGUACUCGUGUUAUCAAGAAGGUCAAGGGUGACAAGCAAGAAGUCACCAAAAUUGAAACCGUCGAGGAGGACGACAAACAACCCGAAACAACGGUCACCGUUGAGGAAGUUCCGUAUGAAGAAGAGAAACCUGAGGAAAUUCAAGAGCUUCCAGAGGAGGUUCGCGUCGUUGAAACCGUUACGGAAGAUGGCAAGCCUAAGAAGAAGAAGAUCCGUACUCGUGUUAUCAAGAAGGUCAAGGGUGACAAGCAAGAAGUCACCAAAAUUGAAACCGUCGAGGAGGACGACAAACAACCCGAAACAACGGUCACCGUUGAGGAAGUUCCGUAUGAAGAAGAGAAACCUGAGGAAAUUCAAGAGCUUCCAGAGGAGGUUCGCGUCGUUGAAACCGUUACGGAAGAUGGCAAGCCUAAGAAGAAGAAGAUCCGUACUCGUGUUAUCAAGAAGGUCAAGGGUGACAAGCAAGAAGUCACCAAAAUUGAAACCGUCGAGGAGGACGACAAACAACCCGAAACAACGGUCACCGUUGAGGAAGUUCCGUAUGAAGUAGAGAAACCUGAUGAAAUUCAAGAGCUUCCAGAGGAGGUUCGCGUCGUUGAAACCGUUACGGAAGAUGGCAAGCCUAAGAAGAAGAAGAUCCGUACUCGUGUUAUCAAGAAGGUCAAGGGUGACAAGCAAGAAGUCACGAAAAUUGAAACCGUCGAGGAGGACGACAAACAACCCGAAACAACGGUCACCGUUGAGGAAGUUCCGUAUGAAGAAGAGAAACCUGAGGAAAUUCAAGAGCUUCCAGAGGAGGUUCGCGUCGUUGAAACCGUUACGGAAGAUGGCAAGCCUAAGAAGAAGAAGAUCCGUACUCGUGUUAUCAAGAAGGUCAAGGGUGACAAGCAAGAAGUCACCAAAAUUGAAACCGUCGAGGAGGACGACAAACAACCCGAAACAACGGUCACCGUUGAGGAAGUUCCGUAUGAAGAAGAGAAACCUGAGGAAAUUCAAGAGCUUCCAGAGGAGGUUCGCGUCGUUGAAACCGUUACGGAAGAUGGCAAGCCUAAGAAGAAGAAGAUCCGUACUCGUGUUAUCAAGAAGGUCAAGGGUGACAAGCAAGAAGUCACCAAAAUUGAAACCGUCGAGGAGGACGACAAACAACCCGAAACAACGGUCACCGUUGAGGAAGUUCCGUAUGAAGAAGAGAAACCUGAGGAAAUUCAAGAGCUUCCAGAGGAGGUUCGCGUCGUUGAAACCGUUACGGAAGAUGGCAAGCCUAAGAAGAAAAAGAUCCGUACUCGUGUUAUCAAGAAGGUCAAGGGUGACAAGCAAGAAGUCACCAAAAUUGAAACCGUCGAGGAGGACGACAAACAACCCGAAACAACGGUCACCGUUGAGGAAGUUCCGUAUGAAGAAGAGAAACCUGAGGAAAUUCAAGAGCUUCCAGAGGAGGUUCGCGUCGUUGAAACCGUUACGGAAGAUGGCAAGCCUAAAAAGAAGAAGAUCCGUACUCGUGUUAUCAAGAAGGUCAAGGGUGACAAGCAAGAAGUCACCAAAAUUGAAACCGUCGAGGAGGACGACAAACAACCCGAAACAACGGUCACCGUUGAGGAAGUUCCGUAUGAAGAAGAGAAACUUGAGGAAAUUCAAGAGCUUCCAGAGGAGGUUCGCGUCGUUGAAACCGUUACGGAAGAUGGCAAGCCUAAGAAGAAGAAGAUCCGUACUCGUGUUAUCAAGAAGGUCAAGGGUGACAAGCAAGAGGUCACGACAAUUGAAACCGUCGAGGAGGACGACAAGAAAGCGGAAACAACGGUAACAGUCGAAGAAACUGAAUUAAGUGCUCCCAGUGUAGGCAAGGUUCAACUUAAAAAAAGGGUAAUCGUUCAAAAACCCGAAGACGCUGUAACGGUGUUUGAAUUGCCUGAGCGGAAAUCAGUUAUACUUUCAGAAAAAGAAGAUGGAACUCCAACCAAAACUGUUAUUAAAACAAGAAUCAUUAAAAAAAUCCAAGGGCCGAACAUGGAGGUGACAAAAGUUCAAACCGUUGAAGAGUAUGAGAAAGCACCACAAACUAUAGUAUCAGUAGAGAAGUUUAAUACCCCAUUCCCAGAGCUUCCUGAAGAAAGGCUUUCUGAAGUAGUUAUGUUACCCGAUGAAGUUUUUGAGUCUGAGGCUGUUGAUGAAGAAGGCCGUUUAAAAAUGAUCAAAACCAAGAAGCGUAUCAUUAGAAAACCGGCACUUGAUAACACUGAAGAAGUAACUGAAAUAGGAAUUAUUGAACAAGACAAUGUGGAGCCAAUAUAUUCUGUUAAAAUACAAGAAAGACCCUUAACUGAAUCGAAGCCAGAGGAUAGUAAAUUAAUCGAGCUUCCCGAACAUGUGACAGAACUAAAUGUUAUUUUGCCCGAUGGUAAAAAAAAGAGAAGGACCGUUAAGUCCAGAGCUUUCAAAAAGAGCCUAGACGAUGAUCUUGACGAAGUUACAACUAUCCAUAUAAUAGAGGAGGAAGAUAAGGAACCACUAACUAAAGUUAACAUAGAAGUUGUGCCUUCUGAUGAGAUAUCAAUCACGCCCAUACCAAUAGAAGAACUGCCCGAGGAAACCGUAUUUACCGAAGAAUUAGACGAAAAUAAAAAGCCGAAAAAGAAAACUACCAAAACACGAACAUUUAAGAAGCGAGGUCCAGAUGACGAUGAAUAUUUCCAAAUUCAAACAAUUGACGAAGAGGGCAAGGAGCCCAUCUCGCUUAUUCGAGUUGUUAGCGAUGAAAAUAUUGCUGAUAUUAUCGAUAUUAGUAAACUUGAUGAUGAAAAGGUUUUAAAACACAAACAAAAGCCACACAAGCAUAAGGUGGAUAAACCAAAGGCCGAUAACACAGAAACGGAACACCCGGUUUACAUUACGACAUUUAAGUCUGUACAAAACGAAGAUGGAGAAACAACCAUACAAACUGAAAACAAGCGAAUUUCUCAGGAGGAAGGCAUCGUUGUUGAGGAAGUCCUCAGCGAUACAGAACUCAUUCCAGAAGACAAAACACAAUUACACCUUGAAAUAACCGAAGUCAGCGAACCAACAGACCAAUACUACAAAGAGUACACUAUCACUGAACCUGAAGAGGCAAGUGCAGACGCCUUACAAAAACCAACUAAAGACAAGACACCAAAACAGAAAAAGACACUAGAAACUCCAAUUGAGGAAGUUGACGAGACUGUUAUCAUUGAUGAGGGUACAGGGGAACAAACUGACCAGAUAGCUAUAAAACGAAAGCCAAGAAAGGUACAGGGUAACGUUCAGGUAGAGGCUGUCGAUGAAAAACCAAUUGAAAAGAAGGAAAAGGCAAAGAAGAAGAAAGUGGUUAAGACUAAACGAGAUGAAAUGGAUGACUACAUACAAUUUCUCAUACACCAAGAAAUCCCAAAGACUGUUCUACAACCGUACCAACGCACCGAAAUGGAACUUCCACAAAGGGCACGUCGUGACUCUUCUUUUAAGCAACCAGUCAAGCUUACUCCAAUGAAAAUUGAGAAAGUUGAGUUCAAAAAGCCCAAAAUGGUUGAAAUAAGUUCGGUGGUAGAGUUCCCACAAAUGCUCAAACUUAAAGCCCCUAAACAACGUCCUCAGGAAGAGAAAAAGAAGAAGAAUGAAGCUUCAUUUAAAAACAAAAAGUUAAAGAGCUGGAUAAGAUUUGUACCAUAUGCACCAUACUGUUUCCCGUAUGUAGUUACCGAAUUAGAAACUAAUCGCGAAGUAGGGGAACUUUCACGAAAUGUUGACGAAGCGGAAGAGGUAUUGAAAUUGCGUCCAAAGAAAUUUAAGCAUUCGAAGCCCGAAAAGGCUGAGCUUGAAGAAGCCGAUUUAGGUGCAUAUGAAUCUGAUCAUUCCGACAAAUCAAACAAGGAGCUAUUACACCCGAAAUACAAACGCGGCAAAAAGGAAAAGAUCGAAACUCCGGAUGAAUCAAGGAAACUUAAGUUUGGAAAGGGCAAAGUUCCACAAAAUGAGGAAGCUUCUGAGGAAGUUAAUUUGAAGCCAGUAAAGCUUGAUAUCGCAGAGAUUGAAGACGCUGAAAUGCCAGUAAGGACACAGGAAGAGGAAGUUGUCAAGAAGAAGAAGCCCAAAAAGAGCUCCAAGCCUGAGGAAGGACUUCAAUUCGAGCCCAUUGAAUUUGAAGAGAUGGAGAGAACCUCUGAUAUCCGAGAAGAAUCCGACACAUCUGUGUCUGUAGAUACUUCCACGCAGGAGAAACCUAUAUAUAAAAAGAAAAAGAAGGUGACACCUAGUCCACAGAAAAACCAGUACAAAAUAUUACCAGGGCAACCAAGGGAAUUUGAAGAAACUCCUGAAGAUGACCUUAAUCUGCGCAAACGCCAAGGUGAAAGGCCUGAUGACGAUAAGGCAGAUACCAAACUAAAACCAUUUUAUAAGUUCGAAGUGCUUGAUCUGGAACCCGAAGGCGUGCAAGCUGAAACAGUACCUUUAAGUGAAACAAUAGCAAAGGAACCCAAGAAAAAACGAAAGAUUAAGGUUAAGACGGAACAAGAAGAUAACACCAUUGAAAUCGUACCACUUUCUCCUGAGGAUAACGAUGAACAAAUCUUUGAAAUUACAGUCACAAGCUCAGAAAUUCCGCAAGGUGACGCAAAAGCGAAAACAAUUGGUAAGAAAAAGGUAAAGCGAAUGAACAAACAGGAAUUGGAUGAUUUUGUCACAGAGUUACAGGAGGAACCAAAUCAGGAGGUCUAUGAGACUAGAAUGUCAGAUUUCUAUGAGGUAAAAUUAACCGAAUUGCCGUCAGAGAUGGACAGUGAUAAGCCUACGAAACGUAUUUUAAGACAUGAAAAGGGCGACGAAGUCCAAGUUCUGGAAAUUGUCGAAAGCGUGGUGGCCCCCGGUGAAGAACCGUUCUAUGAAAUAAAUGUAAUAUCUAGUGCAAAUACCGAAGGAGACAGUGAAGAAAUAACAACUGAUAAGAUAAAAAAGAAAUCCAGAAAAAUUAAAAAGGAUGACCUCGAUGCAUAUAUACAGCAACUGAUCAAUGCCGAAAUACCAGUAACAGAACUAGAAAAAUAUGAAAAAAUCGAUGUAGAUGGUAAAGCAAAAAAACCGAAAAAGCUAAAGGCGAAGACCAAGAAACCAAUAAUUGAUGAAGGCGAAACUCUUCAAGUUGGAGUCACAGAGCAUGAGCCAACCAAAAAAUUAAAAACAAAAAAACCGGAGGAAAAGAAAAAUGUAAUAGAAAAAGAAUUGGCUGAACACGAAGCAGUUCCAGAAUACGAUGAGUUCCUUAUCAACAAAACCGAGUCGGAACGUCCUCAAGAAAAAAGAGUUGAAGAAACGGAAAAAGAUAUCGUGCCGAUCGUAGAUAAAGUCUUGGCAGAUUUAAAUGAUUGCCUACCUUUUGUGGUAGUUGAAGAAGACUUGAAGGAUAUGCCAUUGGCCACUGAUGUAAUCGCCUUAGAAGAUGAGAAAAUAAUAAGGAAACGAAAGGUCAGAGCUAAGAAGGACUCGAAACAGUACGAAAUCGAAAUAAUUGAAACCGAAAAACCUGGUGACAUCCCUGAUGAAGCAAGAGUUAUAGUUAUAACCACAGAGGUUUCUGGUGAUACAAUCGACGGACCUGCUCCUUCUACUACUGAGGCACCGAAAAAAUCUGUCAGAAAGGUGAAGAAAGAGAAACUAAAGGAAUUCAUUGUCAAUAUAGUCGAGGAAGCUCCAUUAGAUCACGUCUCUGAAAUAUAUGAAGAUGUUCUAAGAACUCCUUUCAGAGAAAGCUCGGAGAAAGAGGAUAUCCCUUCAUUCACAACUACGGUGGUUGAGGACGAAAUAGUAAAUCCUGUUCUGCCCGAAAAAAUAAAAACCGUGGACGAUGUUCGCGUUCCAAAAGAUAAGAAAAAGAAAAUUGAUAAUCAGAAAAAGAUAAAAAUAUCUGAAUUUGAACCUACUCCAACCUCAGAAGAUUCAACCAUCGAGGAAUAUACUCCAAAGCUCUCAGAACAUGAUGAAGAUCUCCAAACCGAUGAAUAUUCGGUAGACGUGAAAGAUAGUUUGCCAAAAUCGAAAAAGAAAUCUACAAAGAAGCAAAAGAAGGAAUCUCUUCCUGGCCCUAUAUCGCUUUAUACAAUUCGUAUUGAGGAGACAACCCCAGAACCUAUCACCGAAAAAAUAUAUGAAGACGGGAAGGAAGUAGUACGCGUCAUUAACAAGAGAAGAAUCAAAAAGAAGGCGGGGCCGAAGGAAUAUUUAAUCGAAGUUAUUGAAACAUAUGAAGAUAACAAUCCAGAAGCAGAUGUUGUUAUUCGAACCAUUGAGACAACUCCAUCAAUUGACUCGAAGCCUCAGGAGGACCACAAGAUUCAAGUCGUACAGGAAAAGAAGCCAAAGACCGAAAGCUUGGACAAUUAUAUUCAAAAACUGAUAGAUCAAGAAAUUCCUCAGGUAGAUCAUAAAGAAUUUAAGGCUACUGUACUAGAGACCUCUCCAGAGUCUAAAAAGGCAAAGAAAAUCAAGAAACAUCACAAAAAAACUACCGAGGUUAUCGACGGCAUUCCGAUUACUGUAAUUGAGGUAACGAUACAAGAGACUGAGACUGAUGAUGAAGACUUUAAGCCAGAUGAAGUCACUCUAAAGGAAAUUGAUCAUGAAAAUGCAGAGGAGGCUCCCAAAGUUCUGAAAUCAAAGGUCUCAGAAGAAAAGCCUAAAUCAAAGAAAGAAAAAUCGUUAGAGUUUAAAAUCGCUGAAGAAGACAAACCUAAACCAGUACUUGAAGAUAUAUCAGAGGAUGUGCAAGUUGUACAAAUAAUUGAAGAAGACGGCACACCAAAACAGGUGGAAAUUAAGAAAAAGAAGGUAUCCCGCAAACAUGGUCCAAAGGAACAAGUCUUUGAAAUCACCGAAACAAAAGCUAUCGAUGAACCUUUGUCUGAAGUUACUGUUGUGGAGAUUACAGACGAACAGCCUCAAGAAGAAGUCUUACCAGCUCAAGAAAAGAAACCUAUUAAAAAACAAAAGAAACUAAAGCCCGAAGAUGUCAAUACUUAUGUUGUCAAAGUCCUUGAAGAGUUAACUGAACCCACUCAAUUCGAAACAAUUCCGGAAGACGCAGAUGACAAGCCACAACCAGUAAUUGAAGAUAUAUCGGAAAAUGUGCAAGUUGUGCAAAUAAUUGAAGAAGACGGCACACCAAAACAGGUGGAAAUUAAGAAAAAGAAGGUUUCCCCCAAGCAUGGUCCAAAGGAACAAGUCUUUGAAAUCACCGAAACAAGACCUAGUGAUGAACCUUUAGCUGAAGUAACAAUUGUAGAACUAACAGAAGAAGGCUUGAAUAAAGACAUUGUUAUACCUCAAGAGAAGAAAACAGUGAAGAAACCAAAAAAAUUGAAGCCUGAAGAUAUCCAAAGCUAUGUCAUUCGAGUUCUGGAAGAGUUUAAUGAGCCUCAAUGGCCUGCGAGUACCGAAAAACCAAUUAUUGAGGACAUUGCAGAAUCCAUUGAAAUCGUACCAGUUACUGAAGAAGAUGGCAUAACCAAGGAAGUUGAGGUUAAGAAGAAAAAGGUUUCUCGCAAACAAGGUACGAAAAAUCAAGUAUUCGAAAUCAUCGAGACAAAAACUAGUGAUGAACCUUUGGCUGAAGUUACAAUCCUCGAACUUAGUGGUGACAAGUCUCAAGAAGUCACUAUUCUACCUAAGGAGAAGAAACCAAUCAAGAAAACAAUUAAAUUGAAGCCUGAAGACGUCGAAAGCUAUGUCGUUAAUGUUUUAGAAGAGUUUUGUGAGCCACAAAGCUUUGAGAGCCCUGAGCCUACUGAGGGAGAGGCACAUGAAACUAAAACAAAAACGAAGAAGCCCAAGAAGCCGAUUGUGAAAGCACCAGAAAAUGUUAUCCUUAUUGAAGAAAUGGCUCCUGAAACGGUCAUAGAAAAUAUUGUAAACGAAAUAGGAGAGGAAGUGAAACAAGUUAAGACAACGAAAAAACUUAAGAAAAAGGAAGGCCCUAAAGAGUAUCUCAUUGAAAUAAAAGAAACCUAUGAAGAAAACAAGCCAGAAGGCGACAUUGAAAUAACUACUACGGAGUUGGUACCUGAGGGCUCUCCUGAUGCCUCUGAUGAUCAACCAGUCAUAGUUGUCCAAAAAAUUAAAAAGAAGAAGCCUGUUAAAGACGAUCUAGACAAAUACAUACAGCAGUUAAUCGAACAGGAAAUCACAAAAACUCCUCUAGAAGAAUAUGAACCAACUGAAAUGGAUUCAAAGAAGAAGCCCAAGAAGAAGGUCAAAUCUCACAACAAAAAAACCAUUGAAGUUAUUGAUGGGCUGCCAGUUACCAUUCACGAGUUCAAUGUUGAAGACAUAGUUUCAGAACCUGAGGAUAUGGAAACACCAAAGACUUUGUUGGACGAAAUUAAGGAAAUACCACAACUGCCAGACGAUUCUUCCAAGUACCUUGUUAACAUUUCUGAUGAAUUUGGUGAAGCUGAUAAGCCAAUAAAACAGCCUACUCAGGAUCAACCCAUAAAAAAAGAAAAGCCAUUAAAAAAGAAAAAGGACGUUGAGUAUCCUGUUUCAUUGGAAGCAUUUGAUCACACUGUUAAAGUCGUUUCUGAACCUACGCUGGAGGGAACUGUUAAAGAAGUAACUGUCAAGAAACGAAAAGUAUCGCGGAGAAAGGGGUCUAAAGAUCACAUCUUUGAAAUUACGGAAACAACAAGUGAAGAUCGGCCCACGGCUGAGGUUACAGUUGUUGAGUUGUCAAGCGACGAGGUCCUAGAUUCUGAAGAAAAGCCGAAGCAUGAAAGGAAGAUUGUUAAAAAGCCAAAACAGUUAAAGAAGGAUGACGUUGAAGAAUAUAUAAUUAAUAUUAUCGAAGAAUUCAUACAGCCGAUUCCAGUUGGCCUAGUUGAAGAUGAAGUAGAAAAGGUGCAGAAGGAAGAAACUAAAAAGCCGAAGAAAUCUCCAAUCACGUACAUUGCCACAGAACAAGAAGACAACGAUAACAAUUACGAUGCGUUGGUUAAGGAAGACUUAGACCAACCGAUUGAGCGCGCUUUAGAGAAGCCUUCAAGCCCGCUCGAAUAUACCAUCAGUGUUGAAGAAGAUAGCGUCGGUGAAGAACAAAAACAACCAAAGCCCAAAAAGAUAAGCAAGCCCAAGUCCAUCAAGCAGCCUUCUGUAGAUAAAAGCCCAGACUAUCUUGUAAAUGUGAUUUCUGAAGAAAGCAUAAUAGAUGAACCAAUCCCUGAAGAUUAUGUCGUAACCGAAGCUGCAGAAGAAAAACCCUCUGAAGAACCAACUUUCAAGGUAGAAGAACUCGAAACUGAAGCAGUGGAAAAAGAAGUUACCGAUGACGAUAAAGGAGAAACGACAAAGCAAAGUGUAACCAAAAGAAAAAUCAAAAAGCUGGUUGGCCCCAAGGAAGAAAUUAUUGAAAUUGUGGAAACUAAGACAGGUGACACUCCGGAGUAUGAAGUCAUUGUGACUACUGAAGAGGUUCAAGAGAAGAGCAAAGAAGCUCCAGAGGAGAAAAAAGCGAAAACAGUCCGCAAAGCUAAAAAGAUUCCAAAAGAUGAUCUUCAGGAUUAUAUUCAGAAGCUUAUUGAGCAAGAUAUUCCAAAAACUGAGCUGGAAAAAUAUGAAAAAAUAGACUUGGACGAGCCCGUAAAAAUGAAAAGAAAGCCUAUCAAAAAGGUCAAGCAAUCUGAGGAACAGCCAAAAGAAGAAACUGAAGAGCCAAUUGAAGAUAAGCCCGUUGAGAAGAUUUCGGAAUACUCUGAAGUUGACAGUGACGAACCAAAGCUAACAGUUGCUGUUAAGGAAUUUAUCCCAGAAAAGCCAGAAGAAAAGCCAUUUGAAAUAGUAGUACUUGAGGAAACGGUAGAAAGCAAACGGGAGCCAGAUGAAGAAGGAAAAGUAAGAGAAAAGGUGGUUAAGACUAAAAAGAUAAAGCAGAAUAGAGGCUCGGUAGAAGUAGUUCAUGACAUAGUCGAGGAAAUCGAUACGGAUACAAACGAAUCUGUAAUAACAGUCACGACCACCGUUCCCACGGAGACACCUGAUCAGGACCAACCGUCAGUAAAACAAAAACGUACAAAGAAAAUUAAGAAAGACGAAGUUGAAGACUUUGUCAAACGAGUUAUUGAGGAGGAGGCACCACAGCCGGAAGGAUCCGUGGACCUAGUGGUUAUCGAGGAUUUCGUUCCCAAACCAAGUUCUGAGAAGAGGAAAAAGAAGCCAAUAAAAGAUAAGCACACUUCCGUUGAGGAAGAAACACCACACGAGGAUGAAGUUCUCUUAAUUGAGUCCGUUCCGGAGGACUCUCCCUUAAGUGAUGAUCUUAUAACUGUGGUGGAUUCCGUACCAAUCGAAGAAGAACCCGAAAACAAAGUUAAUCAGAUUGAAGAUACUAAAAAACCCGAGAAGAAAAAGAAACCAAAGCCUUCAGCUAAAAUUCUAGAGGAAAAUGUGCCAGAAGAUACUGUUGAAAAGCCUUUGGAGGCUUUACAUACGGAUUCUGAUCUGGAAAAACCAGAUGUUCAGGAAUUUAGUAUUUCUAUCAAGGAAGAAGAGCAAAAGCAUACUCAUCCUGAAAAGAAGAAAUCUUCUAAGAUAAGUUCCGAACAACCAAAACAGCCUUCUACUGAGCAAUACGAAAUAUCAGUAACGGAACAUGACCUGAAGCCUGAAGAAGAAAAGCCGUUUACAGUUCAGGUAAUACAAAGCGAAACAAACGUCGAAGAAACCAAAGAUGACACCGGAAAAGUACAUAAGCAAGUUACUACAAAACGAAUGUUGCGACGACCUGCUGGCGAAGGUGAAAUAGAGAUUAUUGAAGUUGUUAGGGAUGAUCAGCCUGAGGCAGAAAUAACUAUUGUGGAGUAUGAGCCAGAACCUGUGAACCAAGACGAAAAACCCAAAGAACCUAAGAAGAAAACCAGGAAGGUUAAAAAGGAUGAUAUACAUGACUACAUACAAAAGUUAAUUGAGUUGGAAACACCAAAGACGGAGCUUGAAAAGUAUGAGAAAAUUGAAUUCGAACCAAUAGUCAAGGACAAGCCAUUGGAUAGCCCGAUUGACGUUUUGGACGAAUCGCCAAAAGAAGUGCAGAAAAAAGAUAAAAAGUCAAGGUCUACAAAAGUUCCGAAUGAGGAAACUCCUGUUCAAGAACAAUAUGCAAAGGUCAAUGUUGUCGAAGAAGAAGCUCCUGAGCAACCCGAAAUACCAGUGCAAAUUCUAGAAGUUAAGCCCGUAGAGGUAGAUGUUAAAGAGGUUAUAACUGAAGAUGGCAAGCCGGUUCAAGAAAAGACUACUAAGCGAGUUUUAAAGAAGAUUGGGCCCGAGGAACAAACCACUUUUAAGAUUACAAUGAUUGAAAGCGAGGACAACGAUUCGGUUACAGUUAUUGUUGACGAAGAACCGGAAAUAGCUUCUCCACAGUCUAUCGAAGAACAUCCAGAACAGUCUAAGGAAAAGCUAGCUCCAAAGCCCAAGAAAACUGUCAGAAAAGUUAAAAAGGACGACUUAAGCGAUUACGUAAAGAAACUAAUUGAAGAAGAAAUUCCUAAGGUUGACCUUGAGAAAUAUGAAAAGGUAGAAAUGCCAGAAAAACCAGUUAAACUAACUGUUUCUGAUUCCAUUCCGGAAGAACCAAAACCUGACAAAUCCCAACCAAUAUCAGUACUACCCGACACAACGAAACCCAAGAAAACGAAGACUCCCAAGACUCCAAAGACAGAAGACACAGACCAGCAAGUUCCGGACGAACCGACAGAGACCACUGUAGACACUACUGACAUACCAGAGCUUACACCAACCCAAACUGCACAGCCCGAGGACACAGCCACUGCACAAAUUACACCAAGCGCACAAGAAGAGAAAUCUACUCAAGAUGACACUAAAGAUACAAUUCAGAAAACAGUUAAACAUAAGAAAACAAAACCAGACACACAAAAAAGCGUUGAAACAAGUGAACUACCAGAGGUUCAUAAAGACUAUCAAAUUAGCAUCAUCCACGAAGAGCUUGUCGAGGAAGAGCAGCCCGAAAAGAUUUUGGAGGUUAGAGUUAUCGAUGAAGUCGCCGAGGUGGAAGAAUCACAGCCCAUUGUGGAAGAGGUAGAAGAUGAGGAACCACAGCCAGCUACAGAAGAAACUGUUGAGGACGUCACUAAGCCUAAGUCUAAAAAGAAGAAGGUGGUUAAAAAGAAGACCGAUGACCAUGACGAACUCAUCAAAAAGAUGUUGGAGCAGGAAAUAGAGAAGACGGAACUGGAAAAAUACGAGAAAAUUGAAUUUGAUGUUCCCAAGAAACUCAAACCAGAAUUCGCUGCUCUCGAACCAAUAAAAAUAGAGCGCAAAGAACAGAAGCCAACAAAGGUGACUAUUCUCGAUGCCACUGAUGUUCCUAAAACCGUGAAACUAAAACCGAGUAAACGUAAGGAGAAACCUGCCGAAGAACUGACCGUUCAACUUCCAAAGUUCAGACUUAAGGCCCGUAUGGUCUUGGUUGAAUAUCCUCCAGCUCCCCUUAUUCCUAAAACCACUGAUAUUGGCGCCAUUAAAGACAAUGGCGAAUUGUCUCGUAACAUAGAAGAGGCUGAGGAAAUUCUGAAGUUCAAACCGCAUAAGACCAAGAAAAUUAAAAAAAUCAAGGAUGAUUUAGAAAAGGUCGAGCUCGAAAAGUACGAAAAAUACAUUAGUAGCGAGGAAGAACCAGAGGAAAAGACUCCUUAUAAGAAACCGGAAAAGGCACCAAAACCAGAGGAAAAACAAGAGGAUGUGAAACUUAAGUUGGGCAAGGGUAAGAAAAAGCCAAAGGAGGAAGAAGCGCCCGAAAAUGUUACUCUUAAAAACAUUCCGCAAAAGCCACAAGAAGUUGAAGAAGAAGUUGAACUUAAACAAAAACCAAAGGAGGUUGAAAUUGUUGAGGAACAAACAAAGAAACCCAAGGACGGAGAGUUCGUGGUGGAGCCAUUUGAACCAUCUGAGUUUGAUCGUCCUGAAUAUGUACCCGAUGAACUUGAGCAGAUCGAACAUCCAGAGAUACCCGAGAAAGUUAAGAAGCCGUCUAAGACCAAGUACAAGCCUAAAGAUAAAUCUAAGUCAGAGCCGGAAACCAUUGUAUCGGAGAUUGUUGCCGGAGUUCCAAAGGAGGAAGAGGCAAUUCCCGAACAGGAUGUUAAGUUCCGUAAGCCCGAGAGAGACGCUCCGGAAGAGACUGAUUCUGAAAUUAAGCUACGUCCUGUACCUCAGGCUUCUAAGGAUGAAAAUCCUGACGAACAAGCGCUAGUGACGCCUAAGGCAGAGGAGCCCAUUCCGCAAGAAAUCGAAGAUAAGGCCAUUGAUGACGAAAAGAAACCGAAGAAAUCUAAGCCCAAAAAGGUGCAGCCGAAGGAGCAAGAGAUUGCAAAGGAAGAGCCCGAAGAAUUUGAGGUAUCGGUGAAAGAGGAAGAAGCUCUAGUGGAUAAACCCAUUGAAAUCGAAAAACCGAAAGAUGUUAAGGUGAAAGAGAAGAAACCCAAGGAAGCUCCUGUGUCCGAAGUAGUAGUUAUUGAAGAAGAGCCGAAACCAGAAGAAGUACCCGAGGAAAUACCUGUGGAGUACAAGAUAACAACUACAGUCUUGGAACCAGAGGAUGCACCAAAGGAACAUCAAGUCAAAGUCAUCGAUUUUGACGAGCGUCAAGAAACUACGGAGGAGGUAAUUGAAGAAAAGGUCGUGACGCGCAAGAAGAAACCGAAACCACAGCAACCUGAAGAGUUCGAGGUCACCUUAAAGGAGCCAAAAGAAGAACAAAUACAACCGGAUGUAGUUUCAGCUGAAAUCUCGUUGCCAAUUGAGGAGCCCGAACAGAAGCCAGAACAGUACGAGGUCGAACUUAAAAUAACCCAAACUACACCAGAAGAGCCCAAUGAUGUGCAAAUCGCAGUCAAGGAAAAGGUCAAGACCAAACCUGUUAAGAAAGUCAAGGAGGAUAAAAUUGUCGUGGUUGAGGCAGAAGAAGAGAAGCAACCAGUUGAGGAAACAAUCGUGGAGGUUGAAAAGCAGGAAGAAAAGAAGAAGUCGGAGAAACCAAAAUCUUACGAGUUCAAAAUUUCAGAGACGCAAUCUAUUGAAGAAAAGCCAAUAGAAGUGGCUGAAGAAGCUCCUGAGGAAACACCAAAGGUUGUAGAGAAAAAGGUUGCCGAGAAAUUCGAUUCCUACGAAUUCACUCUAAAAGAAACUGAUGAAGAAAAGGUAAUCACAGUUGACGACCAGCCCGAGGAAGAAGCCCCUGUAGAGGUUGUAUUCAAGAAAAAACCCAAAGAACCUGAAGCAGUUGAGGCCGAGUUUGUAAUGACUGAACCCAAGAUUGUGGAAGAAACGAGCGUGGAAACUGCAAUCAAACAGAAAAAGACGAAAAAACCGAAGAAGGACGAAGAGGAAGCUCAAUUAGCAAUCAAGGUUGUCGAAAGUGAAGCCCCGGUUGCCGAAGAAGUGUUCAGUGAAGCUCCUGAGAGUAAGAUUGUAGAGGAGGAAGUUAUUGCAGAAGAAAAGCCUAAAGAGUUCACAAUUCGCGUUUCUGAAUCAGAACCCAAGCCCGAGGAGCCAAGUGUCGAGCAGUUCACAGUUAAAAAACGCAAGCCUUCUGUUACUUUCGCCGACGAACCUGCCACUGAAAUCGUUAUCAAGGAAAGCAAGCCCGCUGAAGUUGUCACUGAAGACGCUCAUAUCAAGACCAAGAAGCCAAAGAAGAAGGUAACGGAUGUGGAAGCUGAGGAGCUAAAGAUUAAGAUCACUGAGGAAGUUCCACAGGAAAUUCCCAUAUUGGAGGAGGUCUCGGAGGAAGAGGUGAUCACUGAAACCAAGAAGACAGCGCCUGUUGUUGAAGAGAAGACAUACAAAAUUGGUAUCAAGGAAACGGAGCCGGAAAAGCCUGCCGAAGCAAUUGUCGAGGAGGAGGAGCCGGUGGUAACAGAGCCAAUUGAGGAAGCACCGAAACCGGAAGUCUUUGAGGAACACAAGGUUAGAGUCAUUGAGGAAACACCUCGGGAAUUGGUCGAGGAAGUCAUUGAGGAGGAGGUGAAGGUAAUUCGCAGAAAGAAGCCUAAGCCAGAAAUUAAAGAGGAACCCGAGGCGGAAGUUACUGUUUCUACUCCAAAGCCUGUCGAAGAAGUGGAAGCUACGUCCAGUAUUGCUGUUAUUCCAGAACAACCGACUGAGGAGGAAGCCGCUGAUCUCAAGAUAACAAUCAUUGAAGAAGAAACACCACCACAAGAACUAGUUCAGGAAAUUGAAGAAAUUGAAAUCGUUGAGGAACCAAAGGCCCCUGAAGAACAACCAACGGAUUUCACCUUCGCCACAAAGGAUUCCGAAAAGAAGCCGACUGUGGAAGAGCUGCCCGAGGAACAGGUCACGAUUCAAAAAAAGAAAAAGAAGGCACCAGUACCAGAGGUAGUUGAAGAACCCGAAGCUGAGUUUUUGGUUAAGCCAAAGACGCCUGUCCAAGAAGUUACUGAAGAAGCUAAGAUAACGAAGUCUAAGAAACCUGUAAAGGAAGAAGAGGCCGCGGCAGAGCUUAAAGUAACGAUCACUGAAGAAAUUCCCACUGAACCAGAAGUUCAAGAAAUUAUCGAGGAGAUCGAAGAGAUCGAGGAAGAAAAACCCGCAGAGUAUGUGAUCGAAGUUAAGGAAAGCCAACCAGAAGCUGUAGAAGAUAAGGAAGUUAGCUUACCGAAAAAGAAACCUAAGGCUCCAAUAGUUGAAGAGCCAGAAGCUGAAAUAACUUUGAAGCCAAAGGUAAAGUCGGAAGAAGUUCAGGAAGAAGCAAAGAUAGUGAAGAAAAAGCCAAAGAAAAUCGACGAAGUUGCAGUAGCCGACGAGCUUACGGUCAAGGUUGAAGAAGAGGUUGUCCCAGAGCCGAUUGUUGAAGAAGAAGUGAUAGAAGAGUUCGAAAUUAAAAAGAAACCAAAAGAACCGGAGCCAGAGGACAUUGUCGAUGCUGCGAUUGUGAAACUAAAGAAACCAGAGCCAGUAGAUGCUGAUGAAGUUGUGGCUGAAGUUACCCUUAAGCCAAAGGCUAAAACGGAAGUUACAGAGGAAGAAUUUUCUGUUGAUGUUAAGCUGCCAAAGGAAAAGAAGGUUACAGAAGAAACUUCAGACCAAACUGUACAGCUCAAGAAAAAGAAGAAGCCGCAGAAGCCGGUGGAAGAGGCUGCGGACGAGCUUAAGCUACAGCAAACUGUUGUCGAGGAAAGACCUGUGGAAAUUGAAGAAGAAGAGAUCAUUGAAGAAGCAGUCGUCAUUCGCAAAAAGCCAAAGAAGCCCUUCGAGCCGACGGUUGAAGAUCUCGAAGAAACAGAGUUCAGUCUCUCCUUCAAAAAGCCCCAUACCAUUAAUGAGGGUGUGGAGGAGGCCGCCACAGUUCUGAAAAAACGACCAGUCAAGCCCACUACUCUGGAUGAAGCUGCAGCUGAACUUUCUAUUAAGCGUCAGGAAGAAGAAUACGAAGAGGGCGAGGAUAUCGAAGAGUUCGUCGUUAGUCAGCAAAGAAAGCCGAAGCCUUUGCAAAUCACAGAAGAGGAUGAGGAGGCCUACACAGUGAAGAAACUAAAGCGUCGAAAGCAAGUAGACAUUCCCGAAUAUGCUGAUGUUGAGAACGUCACAUUCCGUGCGAGAAGUACCAAGACCAAGGAAGAUGUCGAUCAAGAAUUCAACAUUGCCCUGGACUCGUAUGCCGAGGAGGAAAUUUCCAUGUCUGGAAAGGUGAAGUUAAAGAAGCCUAUCAAGAAGACCUUCUCUGAAGCAGCCGAUGAAGCCAAGAUCAAGAUCAUUCAGGACUUUGACGAUGGUGAAGAACCCAUUAUCGAAGAAAUUCGAGACGAUGAGGAUACCAUCGAUGAAGUCGAGGAACCAGAAGAGUACUUUGUUGAGGAAUUGCCACCAGACGAAGUGGACUUCAAGCUUAAGCCAAAGAAGCACCCCAAACCAGCAUAUUCUGUUCAAGAUGAAGAGGAAGAACAAUUCCUGAUUGGCAUUCGUCAUCCAAAACGCGAUUCGGUUACAUACGACGAGGACUCUCUUACCUUUAAAAAGAAGCGUAAGGUUGUGCAACAACUUUUCAAUGAAGAUGGAGCUUCGCUUAAUAUUACCAGAGAAAUGAAUGUUGAAGAAUCUGAGAAUCUCAACAUUAUGUACUCUAUCUGCAACUAUAUUGCCGACAACAAUGAGGCUAUAAACCUAGUCGAGGGUGAGAAGGUGACGGUCGUUGGUCGUCACAGCUCUGAGUGGUGGUACGUCAAGAAAAGCACUACGGAAGAGGAAGGAUGGGUUCCAGCUCAAUAUCUGAUGGAGCCCGAGGAAUACGCGCAGUAUGUGCAAAAUAAGCUACACGAGAAAAUCGAUAAGCUGCCCGUAUUUGAACGUCCUGGACCGGAAGACAAGCCCAUUGCCCCAAGAUUUAUUGAGAAACUACAGCCGAUUCAUACUCCUGACGGCUACACGGUGCAAUUCGAGUGUAAGGUUGAGGGCAAUCCACGACCACAGAUUGCGUGGUUCCGCGAAACUGCCAUUAUCAAGCCCUCCCAAGACUUUCAAAUGUUCUAUGAUGAUGACAAUGUUGCAACUUUAAUCAUUCGCGAGGUUUUCCCCGAGGAUGCUGGCCAAUUCACAGUUGUAGCAAAGAAUGCUGCUGGAUUCACUUCCAGCACAACGGAACUGAUUGUAGAAAGUCCACUAUCUGAUCACGGCUCUGACGCCACAGCUCUUUCACGACGCAGCAUGUCUCGUGAAUCCUCGCUGGCUGACAUUUUGGAGGGCAUUCCACCAACUUUCUCCAAGAAACCUAAGGCUCAAUAUGUCGACGAGAAUACAAAUGUGAUUCUUGAGUGCCGACUGGUGGCCGUGCCUGAACCCGAUAUUGUCUGGACCUUUAAUGGCGAAGACAUUGACGAAGAAGAGAUUAAAAACGUACGCAUCGUUACCGAAUCCGACAUGCACAUGUACUGCAGUGUGGUGCAUAUCUCCAAGGUGAAGAAAUCGCAAGAAGGUACCUACGAGGUUAUUGCAACAAAUCGCGAGGGCGAGGCACGUCUGCCAAUCACCCUCAAGGUGCGCACCACCGACAAGGAGGCGCCGCAAAUUCUGGAACCCUUACGCAACAUGGUUAUACGUGAAGGCGAGAGUGUUGUACUAUCUACGCAAAUUGUAGGUAAUCCACCGCCAAAGGUAACCUGGUAUAAGGAUGGCAAGCCCGUUAAGAACGCCAAGUCCGACAAGGAUUUGCAUACCCUAACACUUAUAACACCACAAAAGUCUGAGAAGGGUGAAUACACGGUAAAGGCUGUAAACCCCUUGGGUAGCGUGGAGACCACUGCUAAUCUAACAAUCGAAGAACCCGCUGGCGGUAAUGCUGAGCCACCACUUUUCGUGGAACGGUUUGAAGAGCAGAAUGUUCCACAAAAGGGCGAAAUUCGCUUGCCAGCCAAGGUUUCCGGUAACCCGGUGCCUGAGGUUCAGUGGCUCUUCAACAACACACCAUUGUUCCCCAGCGAGCGCAUCCAGCAGGUUUACGAUGGCGAGAACAUCGAGCUUAUCAUCAAGGAUGCCAAUCCAGAAACCGAUUCGGGAGACUACAAAUGUAUUGCAAGUAAUCCCAUUGGCAAAACAUCCCAUGGCGCCCGUGUGAUUGUCGAGGUCGAUGAAGUGACGUUUACGAAGAAGCUUAAGAAGACCAUCACCAUUGAAGAGGUGCAAUCUCUUACCCUGGAGUGCGAGACCUCCCACGUAGUUACCACCAAGUGGUUCUUCAAUGGCAAGGAACUUAGCGGAAUGGAUCAUCGCGUCGUGGUUGAGGAUGGCAAGACUCACAAGUUGGUGAUCAGAAACACGAAUCUACGUGAUUCUGGAACCUAUACGUGCAAGGUUAAAAAGCAAGAAACUCAAUCGACUGUCGAGGUAUUGCAACGUAAGCCGGACUUUAUCAAGGUUCUGGAGGAUUACGAGGUAACCGAAAAAGAUACCGCCAUUUUGGAUGUGGAGCUUACAACCGAGGCGACUGAAGUCACUUGGUACAAGGACGGCGAGAAAAUCACACCAGAAAACAAGAACGUCGAGUUCAUCAAGGAUGGAAAGGCUCGUCGGCUGGUUAUCCGUGAUGUCACCAUCCAUGACGAGGGUCAGUACACAUGCAAGAUCGAGGGACAGGAAUGCAGCUGUGAGCUAGUUGUAAUCGAGCUACCACCUGAAAUCGUGGAGCCACUGAAUGACGUUGCAGUGACCAAGGGCGAGAAUGCUGUUUUCGAGGUUGAACUUAGCAAGGGCGAUGCCCUAGUCAAAUGGUUCAAGAACGGCAAGGAAAUUGUGUUCAAUGAGCGUAUUCAACUGGCCAUCGAUGGCAAGAAACAAUCUUUGCGCAUUGUGAAAGCCAAGCCCGAAGAUGUGGGUGAAUACUCCGUUCAGGUGGGGGAGCAGACAUCAAAGGCAAAGUUGACAGUAGAGGAGCCUCUCGUAGACUUUGUCAUCCGCCUGCCGGAUAUCACGCUUGCCACCAAGACAACGGAUGCCGAGUUCACGGUGCAGUUAUCACAGCCCGAUGUCGAGGUAACAUGGUGCAAGAAGGGCAAGCCAAUCAAGCCCAACCAGAAGCACGAGGUAUUCGUUGAGGGCACUGUCCGACGACUGGUCAUCCACGAUGCUAGCGACGAAGAUGCCGGUGAGAUCAGCUGCGUUGCAGAGAACGUCACAAGCAGCACUAAGCUGUGCGUCGAGGAGCUCAAGCUGCCACCCGUCAUUACCUCUGACAAGGAUCAGACCAUCAAGGUAAAGGAGAACGAUGACGUUACCUUCACUGUCAAGUACACAGGCGUACCAACGCCUGAGGCCUGUUGGACCACGCGCAAGGUUGUCAUACCCAAGUCAAAGCGGACAAUACCGACCAUCGAUGAGCAGUCAGCCAAGCUAACCAUCAAAAAGGUUGUUGACGAUGACGAAGGCGAAUACACCGUCAAGCUUGUCAACCCGGUUGGCGAGGCGGAGGCCAGCCUCCAUUUGGUCAUAAUGCGCAAGCCAACGGCACCUGGCACACCCCAACCCCUUGAGAUAAUGCAUGACUCUAUUACGCUCUACUGGAAGGCGCCAGAGGAUGAUGGCAAGUCGGAGAUUAUUGAGUACAUUCUAGAGUAUCAGGAUGUUAAGGAAGAAAAAUGGACUGAAAUUAGAAAGAUCAAGGACACCACAUACACGAUAAGCAAGCUGAAGAUCGACACGGAGUACGUCUUCCGUUCGAUUGCCGUAAACGAAGUGGGGCCAUCGCCGCCCUCGCCGCUAUCGCCACCCAUCCGACUGGUGCCCAAGGUUGAGACCAAGGCGCCCAGCGUACAAGAACCACUACAGGAUGUGGUUAGCGAACUGGACAAGGAGGUGACUCUGUCCUGCGUGUUCGGCGGCAUUCCAGAGCCAAAGGUAACGUGGAAGAAGAACGGUCAGGUGUUCGAAUCGAGAAGCAUACGCUACGAAAAUCGCGUCGCCAAGUACACCAUUGAAAAGACAACCAUUGAGACUGAAGCCACCUACACGUGCGUGGCGACCAAUGAGAAGGGCUCCGCGGAGACCUCGUGUCGCCUGAAACUGCAGCAGAAACCUGUCCUCGAGGUGGAGGACAAGUACUUGACGCAAAAGCUGCGCACGGGCAGCAUUCUCACCAUUCCAGCGACGGUCCGCGGCUAUCCACAGCCCACUGUGACCUGGCACAAAGAGACUAUCGAGCAGAAGACCACCAAGUCGGUAACCAUUGAGACCACGGAGACCACUUCCACCUACACGGUAAAGAAGGUGACCCGCGAACAAUCCGGCAAGUACAAGGUGACCGCCACCAAUGAGUCGGGCACUACGUACGUAGAGUGCACUGUUCAGGUGAUCGAUAAACCCAGCAGACCCCAAUCUCUGGAGAUCAAGGACAUUAAAAAGGACUCCAUUGUCCUAGAGUGGACCCCACCUGUCGAUGAUGGAGGUCUGGAUAUUGAAAAGUAUACGCUGGAAAAGUGUGACGUUCAAAACAAUGUUUGGAUGAAGGUGUCCGACUUUAACAAAGACAUUAAAUCGUAUGCUGUUCAAAAACUGUCGAUGAACGCGCAAUACAUGUUCCGUGUGGUGGCCGCCAAUCCUAUUGGCGAGUCUGAGCCAACGGAAAGUGAUCCAGUUACUAUAACGAAAAAAUUCGAAAAACCAUCGCCUCCUCGUGGUCCUACCACAGUGUCGGGCAUGAACGACACGUCCUUCAAUUUGGCUUGGGAGCCAUCGGAGACCGACGGCGGUUCAAAGAUCAUAGAGUAUAUUGUGGAGAUAAGGGAAGAGACUGAAACCACCUACCGAUCGGUGGGCGUAACCCUGGGCACUGUGACCAACAUCCACGUAGAGAAGGUUGUCAGAAACAAGGGCUACUUCUUCCGCAUAUAUGCGAGAAACGAGGUUGGCACGAGCGAGGCGUUUGAGACCACGGAGAAGAUUGUCCUGGGCCGCAAAAUUACUAACGAUAAUGAAGCUUUAGCGCCGCCAUCGCCACCUCAAAACUUGAGGGCCCCAGAUGUCACUAGCCGAAGUGUUACAUUGGAUUGGGAGGUGCCAGCUCGCAACGGCGGGUCAGAGAUCACGGGCUAUUGCGUGGAGAAACGUUCCUCAACAUCUACAAACUGGACAAAGGUUAUAACACUGGAUGCUCACCAGCUGCACUACACGAUUGACAAUCUGAAAGAGAAGUGCGAGUACUGGUUCCGUGUGUCAGCGGAGAAUGAGGUUGGAUUAGGUGCACCAGCCGUCACCGAGAGCAUAUCGCUUAAGACACAUGCUACCGUACCCUCACCACCCACCGGCCCACUGGAGGCGCGCGUUCUCGCCGCCAAUGCCCACAUAUUCGAAUGGGGUUUGCCCGAGUCAGAUGGAGGUGCGCCUCUGCUCGGCUACCACAUUGCUAUACGGGACAUGAAGAAGACCAUGUGGAUCGAGGUGGGUCGUGUGCCAGCUGGCGUGCUGAAGUUCCAGAUCAGAGAUCUGCAGGAGAACCACGAGUACAUGAUUCGCAUAUUCGCGAAGAACGAGAUUGGUCUGAGUGAACCUCUGGAAUCGGAGGAGCCCUACAAGGCAAUGACUGCUGGUCAUGAGAGCCUGCCGGACGAGCCGCGUACAGAGAUGAGUUCGUGCAAUACCUCCUCGUGGCUGCGUGACCAUCACAUGGAUGCGGAUAUCCAUUCGUAUGCCCGCGGCAGGCUGCUUCAACGCGAUGAGUACUUCUUCCGGUUGUGGGCGGAACUGCCCAAGAGCAAAAAGAAGAAGAGCUCCAAAUAGUCGGUGGACGACAACGAAAUAAGAAACACUUUAGUCUUAGGUUAAGCGUAUUUCAAUUGUAUUUUAUAUAACAACAACGCAACGGGGAGAACCCCCUUGAUUUUCUAGCUUUUUGUACUUUAGUAGAGAUGACGAAUGUGAGGAUGGUGUAAUGUAAUGUAGCAUCCCAUUGAUAGCGAUGCCCACGACCCCCGAUCAAAGAGUGCGAGCGAAGAAUAAACUUAAUGCUCGGGUGCGUGGGCGUGGCUCAAUGCAUUUGGAUGGCCAUUACGCCAUCCAAUUAACGGACAUAAUUUUAGAUUUUUCAUUUGCAUAGAGUUCAUUUUUGGUUUUAUAUUGUUUUACUUGUGCCUUAUUUUUGUAAGCUGUGAUAAAUCUAUCAAAAUCGAAAGCGUCAAACGAAGCAACAAAACACUAAACUGAAUAAAAAUGCCACCAAGCGCCAAUCCAUCGGCAUCGGGCAACGGGAGCCAACGAGCCACAGCCCACCAAGCCCCAAUGCCAUCCCCAUCUCUGGCAGCGUAACUCAAUAUCCUCUAGGGAGACAAAACAACAAAUGGUGCAAUUCGAUAUGAGUUAUUCCUGGGCAGUGUGUUGCGAGUCGCUGGCUGCCGUUGCCUUUGUCCUGGAUCCGCCUUGGUUUAAAUUUAUGGCAUAGGAAUAUGAGAGAGUAUAUACUCGUGUGUCUUUAAAGUUACCAG